CGGAGGAGAGGAGGAAGUUGGGUCAUAAGUGCGACCUGGAAGAGAUGGCGGCGAGUAAGAAGUCGGUGCUGUCCUCGCUGGCCGUGUAUGCGGGGGACUCGGAGCCCGAGCUGGAGAGUGAUGGGGAGAUUGAGGGUGAGUGAAACUGCCAGGAUAAUAUAGAGCAGGUCAGGAAACCUUCAGCACUCCAGGUGGUUUUGGACUACAUCUCCCAUGGUGCUUUGCCAGCAUUGUACCUGAAAGAGCAUUGUGGAUGGUGUAGUCACAACAUCUGGAGUACCAGGGAUGAGCAACCUUCUCCCCUCCAGAUGUUGACUACAUCUCCCAUGAUGCUUUGGCUGUAAGAGCAUUGUGGGAGUUCCUUCCCUUACUGUAAACCAGGGGUAGGUACCCACAUGCACUUAUUCUAGCAUCAGUGGCGGCUCUAGACGCUGUGAGGCCCUAGGCGAAACUCCAGCACGAGGCCCCAACUAACACCCAGAGUGAAACUGGUUCUCCAGUCUGCAGCUCCACCGGGCGUGAGCUGCAGACCACGAGGUAAGUGUCUCGCAAUCUCCCGUCAGCACUGCCGUGGUAACCCGCAGCAACGCUCUGCUUGGCUGGAGAUCGCGAGACGCCUCAGUCUGCAACUUACACCUGGUGGAAGUGCAGACAUGAGGCUGGCUCUCUCCCAGGGCACACGGCAUGAAGAUGUCUCACACUUGGUAGCAUAAAGGGCAAGCUGCUGGGGCCCCACCUACUGUGUCAGGCCAGGCAGGUCAGUCUGUCUUAAGGCAAUUAAGGCGGCUGUCUAAAUCGCCUAAUUAGAGAGUCGCCUCUGGCUGGCAAAGCAUGAAGGGUGAUGUAGUCCACAAUAUUUGGAGGGCUGAAGAUUUCCUACCCCUGCUAUAGACUUUCAAGUUGUUGUGUUGCAACCAUUUGUUUGUUAGUUUACCUGUUGUGCAGUACUGCAGAAUUUGUUGAACUGUUUUUGAGUGGCAUGAGAGAAACUGAGAAUCCCUCUGGCACUUGAUUUUCUGGUUUCUUGAGAAUCUUUAGGCUUAUUCAAGCAGAGUUUGGGAGUGUGCAACAGAAACAGACAUUAGCACGUACAGAAUUAAAAGGGUGCUCUAUAAUUGACAUUCAUGGUUAGAUGGACUCGUGGGCAAUGCUAAAGUGUAAUUUUUAAGUUAUUCAUAAGGCUGUGGUUUUGAUUCCUAGGAGAUCCUCAAUUUUGUAAUACUGCUCCAAAAUGAUCUGACAAAAUAUCGUGGAAGGCACCUUUAGAUCAUUUAAGCAGGGUUCAAAAUUUCACUGCUAGCCAGACCUAAAUGUCACGUGCCACUGCAAUUCUGAAAGGUCAAUGGCACACUAACCAGGGGUGAAUUUUCACUAGCCAGUGGCAAGUAGAAAGAGUGCAAAUUGUGAGCCCUGUUUUAAAGUCAAAUGUGCUACCAUCAGCUCCACCACACAGGCUCGCUUCCUAGGUGUUCUCUUUGACUCCGACCUCUCCUUCAAGCCUCAUGUUCAAUCUAUCGCCAAAUCCUGUCAUUUCCAUCUCAAAAACAUUGCGCGCAUCCGCCCCUACUUAAUGCCAGAUGCGACUAAGGGGUUGGUCCAUUCCACUGUCCUUUCUCGCCUUGACUACUGUAAUCCGCUUCUCAGUGGUCUUACGUGCUCCCAACUAGCGCCGUUACAGUCCAUAAUGAAUGCGCGGCUCAUCUUCCUGUCCGCCCGCACCUCCCAUGCCUCACCCUUCUGUCAGUCCCUACACUGGCUUCCUAUAAAAUAUAGAGCUCAAUUUAAAAUUCUGGUUCUUGCUUUCAAAUCUCUACAAAAUGCUGCGCCCACUUAUCUAUCCUCCCUUAUACACAAGUAUGUCCUGUCUAGGCCCUUACGAUCUGCUGAAGACUUACGUCUAUCUUCUGUCCGUACUCCCACCUCUGAUUUCUCGAGGGCUGCACCGUUCCUGUGGAACUCGCUUCCCUCCUCUGUUAGAUGCUCACCCAGUCUCCACUCCUUCAAAAAAUCGUUAAAAACCCACUUCUUCAUAAAAGCGUAUCAAUUAAACUGUUAAGAGCUCCUGACUCCUCUUCUGCAACUGUCACUAGUCUAAUACUAUCCUUACCUUUUUGUGUCAUUUCACCCCUUUCCCUCUAGCGUGUAAGCUCAUUGAGCAGGGCCCUCAACCCCUCUGUUCCUGUGUGUCCAACUUGUCUGGUUACAACUACAUAUCUGUUCGUCCACCCAUUGUAAAGCGCUGCGGAAUUUGACGGCACUCUAUAAAUAUCAUAAUAAAUAAUAAUAAAAGGCGGAAUUAAUGGUAACUUUUGCAAGUGUGUUAAGUGAGUGCAAAGAAAUAUAAUCGGAACACUUUGUAUCCACACACUUGUUUCUCUUCUUCUCUGACAAUUUUUAUUUUUUAUUUUUUUCCCUUUAGAUGAUAUUGGGGGUCUGGUGUCCAAAGCCUAUGGACAGGAUGACAUAUCGCGGAUUGAAGAGGAUGGAUCCAACAAGGAAGAUGACGACACCAGCCAACAAUCGGUAUGUUCCAUAUGAUCUUUCUGUAUUUGCAUGCUGACUAGGAUUGUUUUACAGGAAGAUUUGGGUUAUUGUAUCUUUUAAUAAAGUAACAAAGUAUCAUAUUCAGCUUUGAAAAUAAAAUUACAGUAGUUACAAUGUGAACAGCGUUUUGCUCAUCUAACUUGCAUUCUAUGUUACCAGAUGAACGAGUUGCUAAGCUUUGCAUAGUUUUGUUGAAUGGGUUGUUGGAGUGAAUAAGAAUUUGCAAACCUCUUCUAAAUACACUGACUUUGUUUCAUUUAAAUAUCCUACUUGGGGAAUCUGUAAUAUUGGGAGAUUGUUUGCUGAUUUAAGUGAUGUGCAUGGGGUUUGGAGCUGUGUUGCAUUUGACUGUUUUUGUCUAGCAAACACAUUAGACACACUGAGCCAAGGAUGCUAUUCCUUAUUACUAAAAUAAAGUACUGUUUUUGUACUACCUAUGAGUGUCUAGCCAUGUUUUUCUAAUUUUACACCGUUGGAGGUGAUGAGUUAAUAACCAGAAGAAGAAAACACUUGUUUUAAUGUUUUUGAUAUUAUGUAUUCUAUUAGUUUAUAAUAUGAAUACUUUUUUGAUGACUUGGCUGUGCGGCAGGAUCAGACCUAUGUAGGUGAUUUGACCUCACAACCACCAGUGUUCUAGUUUCCCUUUUCCCCAGUCUAUUACAGCUCCAAUAAAUCUCUGGCUUCAUGUGUGGGGUGCAGUAAGCCUUUCGUAAACCAUGCAAAUUCUUGUUUUUUAGGAAGAGGAAGAUUCAGAGACUGAGAAUCAGGAGACUGGUGACACAAAGGUAUUUGUGUGGAGGGGAAGCAAAUAUUGUUUGUUUAUUGCAUAUGUUGUUCUGUUAAAAUGAUGUGAAAUUUUAACUUUGAAAAGACAUUUCAUGUACAGUAUCUUAUAUGCCCAAUGUAUAGUUUAUGAUGCAAGCAGGUCCCCUUGCAAUCAGUCCAUGCUGCAGGCCAAAUGACCCCACCUUGUUAAAGCACUUAUUUUAAAAUAUGUAUGAAAAGGAGGCUUCUACACUUCACAAAUAACAACUUGCAGGCUGUGGAUACACAAUGAAAUGCUUAACAUGCAUUGGUAUCAUACUAGAUCCGUCAGCACACAUCAGUUCUUAUGUUCACAGACCCUGCAUAUAAAUACACCCCUGUGUUUUCCACACUUUUUUUUCAGGACAAGUAGAUUGAGCUACUUCACUUUCCCCUGGACAAGUACUUUUUAAAUUUCCACAUAACCGUCUAAAGGAACUGUAUGGGCACCAUAUUAAUUUCAUAACAAUAAAGUUAUUAUGGUGCACAGAGGUCUUUGGCAACUUUCUUACCUGAAAAAAAAAGUUGCUAUCUAGCGUUGGAUCUCCCUGUCCCCAGCAGUAUCCAAUUUCUUCAAAGCAGUUUUUGGAAGUGAGGAGUGCUGUUGACAAUUUAUGAAUGGGGAGCUAGUGUUUGGCUUAGUGAAUCAGCUGACCGCUCUAAGCCAAUCAGCGAUGCCCCUGCCCUGAAGCACUCUGCGCUUCCUGAAACUGCUUUGAAGAAACCUGAUACCACUGUGGACAGGAAGAUCCUGCGUUGGAGACCAAAUUUGGCGUUUAACUUCGGGUUAGAAAAUACCAGGGACCUCUGAGUUCCAUAACAACCAUAUUUUGAUGAAGUUGUUAUGGUGCCCAUACAUUUCCCUUAACUUUAGUGUCAUUAGUAGAAGCAAAACUGAAAAGGCUAUUAUCACCUGAGCGAUUUAACAUUUAUUUUUAUCUCAUUUCUAUCUACUUGGGCAUUGUCUUGCAGUCAAUCAAGGUCUGAUCACAACAGAGUGUGCUUCCACUAGUUGGCAGUGGAUGGCAACAAACUUCACUGACUAAGCUCUUUAGAUGUGAAGUUGAAACGGUAUCGGAAACCUAAUCUCGUCCAAUCAUUUCCAUAUAAAAAUAGAGAUGCUCUGUUAAGUAAUGUGGCAUGAAUGUUCUCUUCCUCCCGAUAUCGUCUGCAUUUUUUUCCUUUUUAAUGGGCUAGUAAUGUUCCAAAAAAUUUGCAGCUGAAUUGCAAUAUUUGCAUAUGAUAAACUGUAUCUGCAAAUUGGCAUUUCUGUAAAUACUACUUGGUUUCAGCUCUUGUCCCAGGAUUUACAUAAUAUAUCCAUGCAUUUACAUUUGAGUCGGUUAUAAGAGAAGCUGAAAUAGUGUGCCAAUUGUAACAAUUAGACUGCUUAUUGUUGCCCUAGGUUUAGUUAAGUGAGACAAAUCCAGGGCAGAAUCUGGGUUGCUUUUUAGCUGUAUCUGUUGCCAGCAGGCAAACCCAAGAGGGGUGGUGGGAUAAAUCAUAUAUGGGUCCCCAGGACCUUCCAAGUAUCUAAACCGUAUUCUAUUCUUCAUAAUUAGAAUAGAACUCUAAACACUGUCACUUGUUGCAUUCCUGUGCUUUAUUUCUUCCCUAUGACCCACUCACACAGUGGUAUAUAAGGGUAAAAUGGAAAAUUAACUUUCCUUAAAAAUCCCCCCCUACUGCUAGGUGAAAAGAAGCUCCCAUGAUAAGUAGAAUGAUCCUUCUUGCACACGUGGAAUGUGAUGCCAUAGACCUCCCGUGUGCCUGCUGAUAGGUCAUUGUAAAGUUAGAGGUGUCGAAAUUUACUAAAAAAUCUGUUUGUCCAACGGACUGAAGAGGUAGCCCAAUCACUUGUCCAUCAUGGAAAUCUAGUUGUCCUGACACGCAAAAUAAUUUCAAUUGGGGCACCUGCAUAGAGACCUGGACUUAGACUGGGUUAUUCGCUAAGUUUCCAAAUAGGAAAACUGAGACAAAAAUUGAUCGAGGAAAAAAUCUCCAACACAGCACUAUACACAACAAUUCAGAAUUAUUUUGUGGAAUUUCAGAAUUUAGUGAAUAACCGUGAGUGUUUCAUCCUUUGUCCCUCUAUAUGUGCUCAUGCUUGUGCGUGUUGGUUGUGUGUAAUGUACGUGCUGUGUUUUUGCCCUCUCCUUUGCAUUUGGGUGGUCCAUCGGGGAUUGCUCCCUGGCAGUACCAGCUCUUACUGAGUCAGUGUGCAGACUCUGUGAAAUUCCAACACAGUCUUUAUGAGCUUUUUAAAAAGAAUUUGUCACUCAACAAAAAAAGAAGCAAAUCAUAAAUAUAUAUAUAAACACUUUUCUUCUCUUUUGGAAUUUGAAAACCUUUUGUAGUGCUAUAGCGUAUAGACAUGUUCACAAAUUCAGUCUUGUUUUCAUCAGACCUUGGGAACCAUUCCCACAUACUUGCUACCUCCCCAACACGUCGUUUGGCUGAAUCCAAACAUGAUUAUGUGGUGAUCAAUCUACAGUAAUUCUAGUAAACCAGAAAACCACAUAAGUAGUGCAAUCAUGCCAUCAUGGGGUUUUAUCUGAACAGAAAUAAUGUUAUAACCCCCCCCUCCCCUCUUUCUGUACAGUACCAGGACUCUUGGAUAUAUGAAAUGAUGAUAUUGUUACUGACACCUGUGGUAUGCCCGCACAUUGAUAAGAUGUCAAGGGCAGUUUCUGGCAUCUGAUCACUUCUGUUUGGUUCCUGGAUUGUUUGGCUCAGUGAAGCUAAACUCAAGUGACCGCAAUUGCUCAGAGCACUUGAGCUGCGCCUGUGAUUGGACAGCCACAGAAAGGAAGGGUUUGCAUAGGAUUUUGACAAUAAGAGAUCUGCUGUUUUUGCAAGUGGUUUUUAUUGCAGUAUAACUACUAAAGAGGGAUUUAUAGAUGUAUAUUAUAUAAAAUUGUAUUUCUUUUUGCAAUGGAGUGUCUCUUUAAAGCACUAAAUGGUGGUGAUUUUAUAAAAGGUUAAGGCACCAUGAAAAAGGAAAAUCCUUUUAUUAAGUAACUGUUUGCGCAAGUUGUUUGGGGGGGGGUUUAUAUUAUGACCUCAAUAUAAAGCUCCAUACCUGUUUGUUUUAUUCAUAGUUCAAUAAGUUGUGAUAGUCCUACGUAGAUUUGUGUGAAAAUUGUAGAAUUUGUUUCCCAUGUUUUUAUUCCAUACCUCGUCAUGUCUUGAAUUGGACCACUAGGUGUCUCUCUUACACAUUGUAUGUUUUAAUUUUGUCAAAUGCCUUUUUCAAAGCGCAGCACACCGGUAAACACAAGUGCACAAACAUUUUAUCUGAGUCUAAAUUCAAAGUAACCAGUCUCACUUUCCAAAUCUCACGCAGUUAAGAUAAGUCUGGCCCUUAUCUCUGCUGUCCAUUUCACCCCUGUAAACAUUUGGUUACUAGGAUGCUUUAACUUUAUUAUAAAACGAGGCAUUGUAGUUACUCUUUAGUAAUAAAAUGUAGCAUUAGACUCUACAUAAAACCUUUUACAAAAUCUUUCAGAAAUAGUGAAGACAAAACAAUUUAAAGGUACAAUUCUUUUUCCUAGCUACUCUUAAGAAAAAAAUAACUUUUUUACACACACCCCCUAUAAAGGCUGUUCCUUGUAUUACUGUGUGGAAAUCACUAAGGCUUAUUAUAACAGCGUUACUUGGUUACAAAUACCCUUUGUUUUCUUGUGUAUGUGAAAGGCUCUUGGAAAUUUUCCUACCAGAGGGAGUGAUCAAAGCUUUGAUUUCCUCUUAUAACCGAGGUCGAAUUAGCCAGCGGGUGUACAAGUUCUUUCUUCUGGGACGUCUGCAAGGGUUGGGCUCGGGAAGUGUAGCUUGCAGGCACACACUUUCUGAUUUUCAGAGCAGGGUACAAAUUCAUGACUUUCUUUAAAGGGACUCAUGGCACACAUUAAAGUCCUCUUAUGUAGUGCUGAAAGCUUACCGUGCUGGUUAAACGAGUAGGAAAUGUCUAAAAAUCUGUAUCUUCAUGUAUCUAUUGAUGCACAUCUGUUGAUGAGCUAAUUAACAUAGGUAAAACUGCAAAGAUGGUUACUGUAAAUAAUGAGUCCCCACAAGUGUAGCCCACAUACAUCCUGUGGGUGCAUGCAUCCAGAAGUAAGCUCUUUACUAAAGCCUAGGACAGGGAUAGGCAACCUUUGGCACGCCAGAUGUUGUGGACUACAUCCCCCAUAAUGCUCUUGCACCCAUAAUGCUGGGAAAGCAUCAUAGGAGGUGUCCAAAACAUCUGGAGUGCCGAAGGUUGCCUGGCCUAGGAUAUGCUGUGACUGUCAAUUCUGCGUUGGGGAAUAUCAGAACCUAUUCAUAGUUGUGAAUAUAACUGUAUUAUGCAGUGUCCAUUCAUUGCUUGCGUGCCAUGGAUAGGGACAUAGCGGAGUAGCUCCAAAAUUCAGACUUUGUUCCGUGUGACUUCUACUUCACAAUAAGAACUACUUUAAAUAAGGUGUAUGGCAGGGUGCCUUGAGUUUUGUACAGUCACUAUCGGUAGAUCCAAGCCUGUUUUUGUUAUUUUGGUGGGGUUUUCGGGGUUUUGCAUGUGUGUAUUUUUUGGGGAGCAGGGUUCUUCUUCUUCUUUGUGUUUACUGCAAGUAUCCAAGAUUUGUGAAUUAUGCAGGGCUCUCCACCAGACAGUUAUUCUCUUAUAGAACUCCUGCACAACGGGGGGGUUUUUGGGGGGGAGGGGGGGUAUACAAGGAUGGAGCUAGUUAUGGAUGCAAUAUUGGCUUUUUCAUUUAAAGCUGUAAUGAGGCAAUCAAAAGGUAGCAGGGACUAUUAUGAUGUAUGCCUAUUCGGCAGGGAUUGAGUUACAAUAUAAGUAAAUAGCAUUAUGAUCUUUGCAAGCUUUUGCUAUAAGAAGCAACCAAAUGUAGACAUGGACGGGCACCUGGCCCAUUUACACAUGUAAGCCAAAUAAAAGGUUUAUGGUUUUUACAGUGUCCCAAUAUGUCCAAUACUGUUUAGAGCACUAUAUGGCACAUGAGCUGCAAUAGACACUGUAUGUGGUCACAAAUAUGCUGAAUGGUUUUAUAGAAAUCUAUAACAUACAUACUGGAUGGUAAACUGCAUUUUAUUUGAAAGAUAGGUGACACGUCACGGUUGGCUGCAUAGUGUUAAAUAUUGUCCCAUUCAGUGGUGUGGACUCAGCCCUUCCGCUACACUCACCUCUGAGAUUGCUCAUUCAAGAAAUCAUUAACCCACGGUGUUGGUUUACAAGUCUGAUUAAUGUACCACACCUUGCAGAAUGCCUCUUCCAGACCCUUUAUACAAGCCAUCUGGUGCAUAUUCACAUCAUAGACAUUGCAAUCUUGGAGAAUAAAUGCUAUUUAAUUAUUUAAGCCAUUCCAAAUCAUAAGUAUUACUACAGAAAUACAAAUUAUGUUAUUUCUUUUGCUGGGAUAGGAAACUAAAACAAUAGAGUGCAGACUGUCAACGUCAAAGCUACAUUGCAGGCUCGAGUUUUAAUACUUUUUUUCUAUAUGAUGAAUUAAAAAAAAAAAAGACAAAGUACAAACUAAAGCAAAAAAGAAAUGAUAUAUUUAGACUUCUCUCAUUGUGCACUGGGGUGUGGACUCAUCCCAUAAUCCUCUAUUCAGCAGGGGUUUAUGGGAUAUGUAAUUAUGUGCCCCUUCCCUCCCCUGCUCAGUGAGCUUACAUGCUAGAGGGACACAAAGGGGUUAACAAGUGUAUUUUAACACACCUAGCUGCGGUUAUUCCACAUUUUGGUUCUGUUGUAUUUUAAAUUGUGGUAAAGUUUGGGAAUCCUUACUUGGGUCACUGCUGCCUGUUUCCGCUUUUUAUUGUAGUGAGCACCUAGCCCUUUUUUUUUGUGUUUUAUUAUUUCACUGGACUAAGACUGAUUGGAACGGAGAAUAAUGCACGGACGUAAAUGGGAAUUUAAGACUACUUGUUCAGGAUGUUGAGAAUCUUCCUUGGCGAUGCUCUGCCUGGCACAUACGUCGGACUUUCCAUUUGGUUUCCAUAGCGAUUGCUUCACUUUAAAAAUAUUGCUCCAUAAUUGCUUUAUGUACAUAUCAUCUUUGCAUAAAUAGGGCACUAAUUUCUGCACAGUUUAUGAUUUACGGGAAUAAUUUCCCUCAAAUUAAAGUGGCCAGCCUGCACUUUAUUUUUUUAACCAUUGCUUUAGUUGCCAUUUCUGGUACAGCUGGGAGAGGUCUGAGCUGAACAAAGUUAUUUGUUUAUAGCGGCUUUGAUUUAAAUUUAAAAAAAUAUAUUUUAAAGAUAGCCUAUGAGAGUCAUGCAGGUCAUGUAUACGAGCACCUGAACCAAACUACAAACAUAAGUGCAGGAGAAAAUGGGAUUAAAGCUACACACGGCCCACGAAAUAAUGUAUCGAGAACCAGAUAUGCUAUUUUUUUGGCAAAUGAGCCCAUACCGGGCAAUGUUAUGUUUUUCAUGCAGGCAUCUGCAUGCUCCUACAUACCAUUCCUUCCCCGCGGCCCUGAAUACCUGCCAUUGCUCAUACAGGCGUGCCUCUACAAACGCAUGCAGACAGGGAGGAGAACAGGAAGUGAAUUGUAUGGAGUAUAUUUUCUAUCACCUUUGGGCAUUGCCCCAUUCUUGGUGUGGUUCUGCGUGAAGCAUUGCUCAUUUCUUGGGUUUACAGGCGUCAUCCAGAACUUGACUAAUGCAAAGUUUCAAAUAUUUGUCACAGACCAAGUACAUCAGAGUAUAACCUGUGUGUUGUGCUAUAAUAAAGCAAUAAAGUAUGCAGUGAAUUUCUUAAGGGAAUGUUCUAUUUUUCAUUUUUUUUUUUCUUGAGUUGUAGGCUUACCUCUCCAAAAUUAUCAAGUUAUUUAACCAGGGGAGGUACAGUUGUCUCUCUCUACGUUUUGCAACUACAUGCUGGAAUCUAUAUUUUUAAUUCUAAAUUAGGUCCACAAAUCUGUACAUUCAAUCAAAAUAGCAAUAACCUCAGCUGUAUCACUAUUCUUGGCAGAUGUUAAAUGGAUACUCUUAUGCACCAGAACAACUUUACCUCAGUGAAGCAGUUUUAGUGUAUAGAUCAUGCUGCUGCAAUCUGACUGUUCAGCUCUCUACCAUUUAUCCACUUUUGUUUGUGUGAGUCACAGCCAGGGCUGCAUAAACAGUCUUUAUGAAGAAAUGUUUUUGCGUUUUUAAAUCUGGUGUGACAGCAUGGUGUGUUUACUUUAGAAGUUAUAUACGGCUCUUUUUUUUAUCUUUAAUCACACACAGGGGGCUACUGCAGGCUAACAGAGCUGGAGAUAAGAAAUUCUACAUUAAACAGAUUGAGCAAUAAAUUUAAACCUUUGGUAUCUAUUUACAGUACAUGUUUUGGGAGAUUAUAGGUCACAUGCAGGGUGGUGUGGCUAGGGCUGAAUAAGCAAAGUGAUUUAACUCAUAAAUGGCAGAUAAUUGAGCAGUGAGACUACAGGGGCAUGAUCUAUACACCAAUACCCCUCCAUUAAGCUACAGUUGGUUAUUUUUUUUUUUUUUUUUUUAAUUCUUUAUUUUUGAAGUGCACAGAAAGGAGCAUAAGCAGAUAAUGACACGAUAUUGAUAGUUAAUGUGACAAAGGAAAUUGCAGGUCCAUAACAGGUCAGUUAUGUUUUAAGGCUUUUAUUGUCCUUUUAAGUUAUCAAUCAUGUUUACAGUUCUUUUACCCAAUCACUGGGCCUAAUACAUUUAGUACAUGCUGUCAUCCAUUAAGGUGUGAACAAAAUCAAACCUUUUAUUUUUACAGCUGCAGUGUUUUGGAAUCUAUUGAGAUGGUGGAGCUCCUCCCUCUUACAUGUAAUCUACCUGCGUGAGGGUCUCCUCAAUGCAAUGCUGCUCUGCUAACCGGGAGCUCUUUAUUACUCCUUUAUGGAUCCCGUUCUUCUCAGUUUAUUGCUUUGUGCUGGGGCAAAAAAGCAAUCCGAAAGUGAAUAGCAGCCACAAGCUAGAUUCUUUAUAGAAGUUCUGAUUUCACUUGAAAUCAUACUUUACUAAUGUGAGAAAGAAGGGGACACUCUCUUGAUAAUCCCUAAAGUACAUCAGCCCGUUGCAGCACAAUAAGGGUUUGGCGUGUGCCUUUAAGUGAUGUUAUCCAUACAUUGAGUUGGUGAAAUCAGUAGAAAAGAUAUCCGUGUAAAAGGACUUUUAAACAUGGACUCAUACUUGUACCAAAGAUACCUGCAGUCUGUAGUUCUGGCUCUUAUCACGGUAACACUGUGCUGUUUUGCACGGGUAAUGACUUGCAUUGAUUUCUUCCUGACCCCAGCCUUCAUAGAGAUUGCAUUGAGAACAUGUUUUGCAUGUGGUCUAAGCUUUCCCUACAUGCUAAGUGUGUGCAGCCCUGUACUAGGCAUGACACGCAUUGUGGGAGUGUCCAGAUAGGGAGCAUAGUUAUACAUUACAUUGCUGAAUGCAUAGAUAUUUUCCACAAACUACAACUUAAAAGGGUUCUCCAGUGCCAGGAAAACAUAUUAGUUUUCCUGGUACUGCAGGACCCUGUAGUGCCACUCUCCCUCCCAUCCCAAGUUGCUGAAGGGGUUAAAAUCCCUUCAGUGACUUACCGGAGUCCCUUGGCGCUGGUCAGGCCCUGCCUACUAUCCCGCCGGCGGGGGAGACCUAAUGCCAUUGCCGCGAACGCGCAUUAGACCUCCCCAUAGGAAAGCAUUACUCAAUGCUUUCCUAUGGGAAUUUCGGUGACGCUGGAAGUCCUCGCAUAUCGUGAGGACGUCCAGCGUCGCUUAAAACACUUUUUGUGUUCUAAGAACAUGGAAUUCCCUCUAGUGGCUGUCUGAUAGCCACUAGAGGAGGACUUAACCCUGCAAGGUAAUUUUUGCAGUUUAUGAAAACUGCAAUAAUUACACUUGCAGAGUUAAGGGUAGUGGGAGUUGGCACCCAGACCACUCCAAUGGGCAGAAGUGGUUUGGGUGCCUGGAGUAUCCCUUUAAUAUAAAAUUGAAAGUAUAUUUUAGUUUGUGUCCUGCUUAUUGAUGGAGUAUACCUAUUGCUUUUUUUUUUUUAGUGUCUGUAUUUUUUUAAAUCUGUAUGGAAGAGCAAAGCAGGGGAUAGUUAGAAACAUGCCACAAAUAAUACAACUACGUGCCAGGAUUGUUUGCUAUCGUAAAACCUAGUGGGGUGUAUACACUUGUAUUUUUGUUUUUAUCGUUGUGCACUGCUUGUGUUGGGACUUUUCACAAAUGUUUCUUUCUUUUCACGGACCUGGUUUGGCACAUGUCUGAACAGAUCCCCUGUCCAGCUUGCAUUCUCGGACAAUAUUUUUCAAAUGCCUCUCCCAUCCUCUUGUUCUAUGUAGUUCUACCCUUUGCUGUGUCUCUGUGCCCUCCAACUCCUGCCCUUCAAAGCUGGGCAGUUUGCCUGCAGAGACAGGAUACAGUCAGGAAGCCUGCAGGUUGUAGAUCACACCAUCCCAAGGGGUAGUGACUGUGUGAAUUUGACCUAUCCCAGCCAUUUGGCACACAAAAGGGUCCAGGGGAUACAGUACAGGUCCUGUCUGUCUGGCUUAUUUACAAUAGAACGUGUCUCAUUAUCCCAGACGGACAUAAAUCAUAUAUAUGGGUAGUUUUGUUCUGUGUUUUUAUUCUUAAAUCACAGUGACAACAAUGUUUGUCCAACAAAACUUCCCAAUCCGCCUAUCGUGGGUAUCUAGCAACCCAAAGUCGUAUUAAUAAAACUCCGUAAAAUAAACGGUUAAUAUAUUUACACAAUGCUCUCCAUUAAACUGGUUUAAAAAUUAUUUUUGUUUGAUAAGAUCUACAACUUGAAAUAAGUAAUUAAAAUACAUUUAACGUUCAUUGCUAAAUCAGCCAGGCUGUCUCAGACAUUGCCUGUAUUGGGAUAUAUAACCACUGUUGAUAUGCCUUGCUUUCAACCAGGAGCAGGCUAGGUUCAGGAUUAUUUUGAGGAAAUUAUUUAUAUAUGGUUUUAGUUCAGUGUGAUACUGAAAUAGAGCUACCUCUAACCUGAUCACUACAAAUAUAUGAAAAGUUUAAAAUCAAAAGUCAUCGUCCAAUUUCCACCAAUCAAUUAAAUUAUAACUAUUUUCUUAUUUGAAUCUCUCAACUAAUGUAUAGCUCCCAGAUUUAUUCUGAUUUCAGCAGUUAUUGGUGUUAGCUGUUAGUUACAGCGUGAUAUGUGCAUUUGAUUGCGAAAAGCGAACAUCUUUUUUUAUUAGUGGUACUCGACAUGGCGCAAAGUCAGUAUUCCUAAUCCCACGGCAUCAGGGAAACCCCAUCAGGCUACUCAGCACUUCACAUUCCCCUGUAUUAUUAUGAGUGAGGAUGCAAACCGUUUUCGUUGUCCACUGCGCAGUACCCCUUCUCCUUUCUGCCAGGUUACUAGGCAACACUGGAACACUUUGUGUGACUGUCAUGAAUAGCCACAGUGUCUGAGAGAACGAAGAAUCUCACAUCUUUAUGUUCUCUCUUCCAACCCCCCCUCACCCCGUAUCCACUUUUUGUUCAGAUUUGUCUUCUAUAGAGUGCAAUGAGAUUAUACAUUGUGCUGGCACUGGGACGGGUGGGGUGUCUUACAGAUGUCCAUGUGAUCCCACAUCUAAUGUGACAAUAUGAUGCUAUUCUUGGCAGCAAAGACAAAAAGUACACACUGUGCUUCCUACAAGAGAAUUCAAAUUUUAUUAAAUUUGAAGGAAUAAGUUUGUUUUUGUUUGUUUUUACACUGUAAUCUAGGUAGUUUAUUUUUUUUUCAUUCGUGGUAUCAUUAAACUUUAUCUGUGAGCCUUUCUGCGGCAGACAUCCAUUGAGAUAGGUUAGUCUUUCAGAUUUGUCAUGGUACGUAUUUGCUUAAAAGAAUACAUAUUUAAUCCUAAGGAGAGUGGUUCGUCAACUCGUACAGAGUUAAUCACUAUAGUGAGAAUUCAAACUGGAUUUCAAAUUUAAAGCCAGAUCAGCCGAACAAAAAGCAUCGAUGACUUUGAGAUUUUCCCCAGUUUGGGUAUUUAUUUUUACCCUUUGAUUUCUCACUUUAUUGAAUCACUCUGUUCAUUUUUCCUAUAGCCGCUAGUGGAAACAAGACCUGUUGAUUGUAAGCUCCUUGGACCGGGCUCUCCUUAUUCCUAGUAUCUGUCAACAUUAUCUUAUCUUUCAUUUACUAUAUCCUCAGUAUGUAUUUAUAAAGCACUACAUAAUUUGUUGGUGCUAUAUAAAUACUACCAAUACAUAAUAUAAUGUACUAUAUUUAAAUCUUCUGAAGUAUAACAAACGUAAAAUAUUCUCGUGAGUCUUGAUAAGCUGUUGCAGGAUCUGAUGCCGACUGUGCCGUGUAAUAAUCAAUACAUCUGGUAGUUAAGGGUUCGGGAUUUACUGUAUUGGAGUAUAAUGUGGGGUUGCGAUUCCCAUGUACUAGUCCACAAGAUCUCAAUGAUGUACAAAAUAUUUAGGGAUGCUGUUCUGUGGAAAAAAUAGUUUUUCAAACCAUUUUCUGCGUAAAGUGUCCUGCAUUUUGUAUUUUGUCAAUAUUCUUUACAUCAUGUUCCAUGUGAAUUGGUAUUAAUAGCCAUAGGGGAAAAACAUAUAUCCAAACCAUUUAACGCACUCAUUCUGGAGACUUUUCUGUGCCCCCUAAACUUCCAGUUGACCUGCAAGGUAAUGCCCUGUCUCCUCUUUUUUUGUUGCAGGAACAAUCUGAGCUUGAAAAGAGAGACCCCCAGGAGCUUGUGGGUGAGUGUGCAGGCUACAUCUGCUUGGUCCCUGUAUGUGUGCGUGCGCAUAGACAAAAAAUGUAAAUGUAUUUAAUUUGCAUGACAGUCGUGCUGAAUCAAGAAAAUGUAUAAAUCACUGUUUUAUGUAAACUAUGCAUUGCUGUUAGAACUUUUUUUUGGGGGGGGGGGGGGGUUAACAUGUUCUAUGCCUUUUAAAUUUCUAUGGCUCGUACUGUCUGUUUCUAUAUAGAAGAACACUGGAUUCACAGUUCCUCCAUCAUGAAUAGUCAGAUAUUUUAUAGUUCAAAAGUACUGCCCGCUAGAAAUGAUGUACUUGCUAUACCUAGAGGUCUUCUUAUUACGGCAAUUACCUUCAGGGCUCACUCACUAAUUCAUUACGUAGGAAUAAACGUGCUGUCUAAUAUACUGCAUCUUAUGACCUGUUGGGGCAGAGUGGAGCUGUAUGUGACGUGUUGCUGUAUUGGGUGGUUGGGACAUGUCUGUAAAUGUGAAUAGACAUGUAAUUAAAUUAAAGGACCACUAUAGUGCCAGGAAAAAACUUGUUUUCCUGGCACUAUAGGGUCAUUAGGCCCCUCCAUCCCGCUAGGCUGAAUGGGUUAAAACCUCUUCAGCCACUUACCUUUCUCCAGCACCGGGCUCCCUCGGCACUGGGGAACUCUCUACCCCCUGCCGACGUCAGAUCCGAAUGUGCAUGCGCGGCAAGAGCCGCGCGCACAUUCAAGCCGCCUAUAGGAAAGCAUUACUCAAUGCUUUCCUAUGGACGUCCAGCGUCUUCUCACUGUGACUUUCACAGUGAGAAUCGCAGAAGCGCCUCUAGUGGCUGGACUGGAUUAACCCCCAGUGAAACAUAGCAGUUUCUCUGAAGCUAUGUUUUCAGCUGCAGGGUUAAAACUAGGUGGACCUGGCACCCAGACCACUUCAUUGAGCCAAAGUGGUCUGGGUGCCUAUAGUGGUCCUUUAAGUAUAUUUGCAAUUGCUGGGUGGAUUGUUUGUCUGCUCUUUAAAUAAUUUUCUAUGGGACUAUUAUAUAAAAUUGUAAAUCUCCUUGUUUAUGUAGCCCUAGCCUCACUUCCCCUGGCUUAGACUUAACAAAGUAUUUCAUUAAAAAAGUAAAUUUUACAGCACAGACAUUGACAUGCAAUGAAUGUCAAAAAAUUUUUUUAUUUUUUUUCAGGAAGUGUGUUGGGAGGUGUGGCUAGGGCUGCGAAAACAAGUGGUUUAACUCCUAAAUGGCAAAGAAUUGAGCAGUGAGACUGCAUGCACAUGAUAUAUACACCAAAACAGCUUUUUUACGCUAAUAUUAUUUUGGUGCUUAAAUUGUCCCUUUAAUUAUAAGAAACAUUUUGUGUAUCAUUGCUUCUAAUGAGCUAGCGUUGUAAUGCAUAAUGAUCUCAGAAAACCUACCUAAUCCAUUGUGCUGAAAAGGGUAUAGAUAGAUAGAAAGAUCAUUAGGUGACUGGAGGUUUUCCAUCCUGUCUGCCCCCGUCGAUUAUCACACGAUGAGGAUAGGUGAUGCAGAAUUUGCACAUCUGUUUUAGGAGUUACUGGUUGUUGCAAAAAGGGCUUGGCUAAUCCUAUAAUAGCAUGAGAGACUUGAUCUUAAUCUUUUCCAAAUGUCAUGCAUAUUGUCGAACGAUGGCAAUCUGUGUCCUUUCCAACCCCAUGCCAGUAACCACACACUCUGCUGUACAGAACACAGUGCUGAGAUUGUAUAGAGCACUGUUCCUUCUCUGGUGUGUUGAGCGCCUUUUACAAAGCCAAAGCAGAAAGCUGUACCCUAGCACUAGUGUUUGCAUGACCUGUGUACAGCAUUGAAGAAUGUCCCUUUUGUGUCUACACUGGAUGUUUCCAUCCUACAAUGCCCGUACUGCUUCAGGCAAAACUAUAUGAUUUAUUAUCGUCUUUAAUAUGUAGAUCUAGCAAAACUGAGCUAAAAUAGUCGUCACAUAACUCUAGCAUUAGCUACUUUGGAGAUUUAGCUGCUAUUCAGAUUCUCAUUCUUUCAAAUUUGUGUAUCCUGUAAAAUGUUAAAUGGCGAAAAUCCGCUUCUUCACUCCAUGGUAUCUCCGCAUUGGAUUAACAGUCGGAAGUGCUCAAUACAGGCAGAGACGUAAAAUUAUUAUUGGGUUGUCACUGGUAACUCCACACUGUUGUACAGAAGGCAAUUGUUAACAGCGUAUUGUGAGGGGGAGUGGGGGGGUUAAAAAGCAAUUUGAGCAGAAUAAGCUCUGGCAUUUCUGUUCCCUAACCCAGUCCCCCCCCCUUUCCACAGUGGAAUUAAUCCGGUGAUUUGGCAGCACUGUAAAUGUCAUGUUUAUCACUAUCCGUUAACUCCUUCCCAGCUGUUUUUGCUGGUGAAUGCUAUAAUUACUUUCCUUCUCUCAAUUCAUUAUAUAACCUUUUUUUUUCCCUGCAGCAUCUUUCUCUGAAAGAGUUCGAAACAUGUCACCAGAUGACAUCAAAAUCCCCCCAGAACCUCCAGGCCGCUGCUCUAACCACCUACAGGUACAUAGCACCUAGACAUUAUCUCGUAUCUAAAAUCUGAGCUGUAUGUAAGCCGGCUUUUCAGACAAGGUUAUUGUGACACACUAUCUUACAUUACGUCAAGGGCCGGACUCCUGCAGUGCCCAAUCUGACGCAUAUUUUAUUUUGGAAACAGCAUUUGACAGUAGAAUUUGGAGGGCCACGCACAGCUGUGUGGAAUGCAGAAUGUAGGUGUGAGAAGCCACACUGAGCACAGAGACAGCCCAUUUCUUUCUUCCACCCCAGAACAGUACGUGAUGCAACAUGUCUAGCACAGACCUGAAUAUGCUUGGGUAGCAGAACAGCUCACUUCCUCACUGCUGUAUACCUGUAUUCUUAAAGCUUCAUCCUCAGGGCUUGCAGGAUCUAAAUCUAUACCCAAACGUCUGCCGAUCUGUAAAUGUACAAAAUUUGUGAAUGCUUCCUGCCAAAGUUACAACCUCACAAAAUGUAAGGCCGAAAUCCGUGACCUGGCAGUUAUUGCUUAAAUCUUCACAAUAGACAGUAAGCUGGUUUAAGUAGAGGCUCCUGCUCCUUUGCAAAGAUCUGCAGAUUAUGUUGGUUCUCUAUAAAUGCUGAUGAGCAGUGUUAAUUUUGGUGGCAAAUUUCAAUUUAGUUUUAAUUAUAGUCUUUUGACUAAAAAGCCAUUUUAGUCAUCUGAAUCGGUGUUGGUUGACUAAAUCUCCAGGAGAUAUGAGUCAGCACAACUAAAAUCUAAUGGGUUUAGUUAAAGCCUCUAUUUGUCUCUUUUGCCCCUUUCCCAGCCCCUCUGUCUCUCUUUGUGAUUCUCCCAAGCCUUGGUCUGUAUCUCUUGCCCCUUCCACAGUCCCUCUGUGCAGUGUUAAUUUUAGGGGCAAAUUUCUAUUUAGUUUUAGUCAGUCUUUUGACUAAAAAGCCAUUUUAGUUUGUUGUAUUUUAGUCAUCUGAAUUGUUUUAGUCGACUAAAAUUGUUAGUUGACAAAAUUAACACUGGUGAUGAGAUGAGUAAUGAUCACAUGCUGAACAUUGCACUCUUAUGGUAAAAUAUAUUCAAAAAGGGAACGUGUUUUUAGUGUCAGAACAAUAUGUGUAUCUUCUCAUCCACCCCCCCAUAACAAAAGCCAGUAUGAUUUAUGUUUUGGUGGCAAGUUAUCCCAGAACUCUCAGCCAAUAAAUGUCAAUCCGAUUGAGUGUGAAUGACAUGGAAGGUAGUGUUAGUGUUUUUGCAAUUGUUUUAAAAGUGAAUCGUGGCACAGCACCUAAAGACUCUUGGCUACAUAACUGUCACGGUGGCUAUGUUGUUUAGUGUUCUCUGUGAAAGUUAGUUGCUACCAGUCAACCACUGGUCACGGGCUCCUGGUGUUCGUCAAGCCCAUGCAUAGGAUACUGAUCUAGCAUGUUGCAAAGAAUAGUAAAAUUAGAUUUUUGCAGCAGGUAGGAAACCAUGUUUGUGUGUGUGUGUGUGUGAUAUAUGUAUGUAUGUAUGUAUGUAUGUAUGUGUGUAUGUGUGUAUGUAAUGUGUAACCGAUUCUCCUUCCCACCCCUUCUUAGGAUAAGAUUCAGAAACUGUAUGAGAGAAAGUUAAAAGAAGGAACUGACAUGAAUCAUAUUAUACAGAAGAAAAAAGAGUUCCGGAACCCCAGGUGAGCAUGCAGUAAUGGGAGAUGAGGCUGGGCUGCAAAUCUCAAGGAUGUUGUUUGUGUGUCUGCCAAAUAUCGCUCACCGCUAAUUGUGUGUUUGCUCCUCUGCAGUAUCUACGAGAAACUCAUCCAGUUUUGUUCCAUUGAUGAGCUAGGCACAAACUAUCCAAAGGUUAGUGUGAGACAGAAAAAAUGCAGCAAGUGCAGGUCAUACCUUUCCACAAGUGUUUUGAAUUUGCCUUCUUUGGACAGAAUUGACGAAGAACGUCCGCUUUUCUUCCAAUGAAUUCUGUCCAAAUUUGGACAAAAAAGAUAUUGCAAAACUGAAAGGGAAACUUUUUUGCUUUAGUAAUGCCUGUGAAGAGGGGCCAAACGGUGGAUGCCCAAGUGCCCCAGGCAAGUGAUGAACUAUUCGAAAGCAGUUUGACUCUUAACAGUAAGGAUGGUGCCAAUAAACUCCGGGCACCAUAACCACUAUAACACAUUAAUUUUAUUCAAAAGUGCUACAAGCAAUUAAUGGAAAGUGUAGUUAUCCAUGAUGAUUACCAAACCUUUCAAGUAAUAGUCAUAAAAACAUCACAAGUAAUGCAAAACUCAGCUUAAACACCCACUUAGAAUUCAUAAGGUUAGUAGAGCAGUCAGAUCAGUAGCUUAUUGAAAGCUCUCUCAGCUUUGUAACGAAUAAUAAUUCCGGUCCCUGUUUUGUAGUUUCUAGGCCAAGAACUUAAAGCGCUUAUUAUCAUGGAAAUGCCAUGAAAGGAAAGCAAGUAAUAUCAACAGGAUCACAGGUUAUUCUAAGAUGUAUUACAGUAUCAUCAUGACGAUGAGUCAUGAGACUCUCCAUGGUAAAAGGGACACUCCUGGAGUCUGUACUACAUUAAUGCAUUUGAUAGGUUUUGGCCCCAUUAAUAUGCUGUAUUUUUUUUUUCAAUGCUCAAGUCUUUAUAGAUUUUGCAUAUAAUACAUUUUGCGGAAUGCUGCGCCUUAAGCGAACUUUCCUCUUUAGCCACACACCCGCACUCUAGAAAAAACACUUCCUUACUCCAUAAAAAGACUUCCAUACCUUAACCCCUUAAGGACCAAACUUCUGGAAUAAAAGGGAAUCAUGACAUGUCACACGUCAUGUGUCCUUAAGGGGUUAAAGGUAUGCGCGCAGCUCAGCCACUGACGGUACUGAACAACAAAACAAUCUACAUUAGGAGAGGACCCAGUGAGACCUGUAGUAAGAAUAUCAUUUGUAGUUUCUCUAAAUAACUGCAACCUAGUUGUGAAUUAAAAGCUGUUUACAAAGUGCGGCUGGGACUGAGACUGUGUGCAUAUUUUUGAUAAGGAAGUUUUUCUGGCAUGAGGGGUGUGGGUGCUAUAGGCACCCAAACCACUUCAUCUCAUUGAAGUGGUCUGCAUGCAGUGUCCCUGUUCCUUUUUUAUUUUUCUUUAGAGAAAAUGCAAUGUUUACAGUGCACUGUUAAGACUGUAGGUGCUUUCUGCUGUUUCACGGAGUUUAACUCACGUUUUGCAUGAGGACGUGCAGUGUCUUAAAAGCAUUGAUUCAUUGCUUUCCUAUGGUUAAGGUCUUACUUACUUUACUGAAUUUUAUUACUGGACAGAGUUUUACAUUUUUUUUAAAGAAAAUGCAAUCUAGAUGUAAUGUUGAGGAAUAUGCCAUUUAGAGGAAGUGCCAUAAGCUUUAUGUAUAACAUAAUGUCACUACAUAUAUUUCUACUACUAAAAAGGAGUUUUGAUUCUGAUUUCCAUAAUUAACAAUCCUCUCUUCUUUUCUUAGGAUAUGUUUGACCCUCAUGGAUGGUCAGAAGAUUCUUACUAUGAGAGCCUUGGUAAGUGUAUGUUGCAUGUUUCAUUGCGUUUUCCUCUGCUAUUUGUUUUCCUGUUACCUUGCGAUGGUUAUUUCUGGUUUACAGUGAACCUGUCUCGGAACGGUUUGUAUACGGUGGGGAAGAAAAUAUAUAUUUAUUUGUACUAUUUAAGGUAUAGAAAAGCAAAGUUCUCUUUCAAUCAAAGGUUUGCUACAGCUAAUUACGCAGAUUUGUUCCCUACGCUAGCCACCUCCCACACCACAUAUGAUGACCUAUAAAGUCUAUCCUCAAUGCCACUUUAUAUGGAUCCACCUAAUUAUUUGCAUAUGUUACAUUGAUAUUUACAAAAGUGCAAUGAGAAUACCUUUCCACUGCUGCAAAUUUCAACGCUUUCAUCCUCUUCCAGUGAAGUCCAUUUUGGCCGGAAAUCUCACUGACUUUCUGCUCCCUUCUUUUUGAGGAGGAAAACAAAAAUACUGGUGCUUAAGUGCUUCUCACAUGCCCAAUAUAGCUGCUGUUGACAACGAAAGUCAGUGGUGUGUGUGUGUGUGCUUGGCAUGAGCAGGUUUCUUCCUAAAUAUUCUUUAAAAGAAAAUGCUGGGUGUGCAUUUUAAAUGUGUACAUAUGUUUGGAAAAGUUUGGUAUGCUUCUAAUUUGAAAAAUAAUGCGUGGUUAUUUAGCUCAGAAUUGUUUUAUUUUUAUUUAUUUUAUUGCAAAGACAAUCAUAGGUAGAAAUUGUACAGAUCGCAUAUUUUGAGCUUUCAUGGUUGUGGAGUCAAUUAAAGGAGACAUUCUACUUUCACGUAGUCUACAUUGCAUUAUUCUGUUUUGUUUUUUUGUUUGUAGCUAAAGCCCAGAAGAUUGAAAUGGACAAACUGGAGAAAGCAAAAAAAGAAAGAACAAAGGUUAGUCAUUAUUAACACGUGAUAGUCAGGGAAAGUUGGUUGUGGUGUGCCGAAACAAACGUCAGAGUGGGCCUGUAAAUAAGAGGGCAAAGAGAAGUUCGGAAAAACACACUUUAUUGCAUUUAUUACAUAACUAAAUUCCUGAAGGCUUAGCAGAGCUCUCUUUCCGGUCGUGGAAUGUACGUAUUGUAUAUGGAGGAUUUCCAACGACCCAGUUUCUUGAUGAUGUGGACCGGGGGGGUUUGUACUAGAGGCUGAUUAAGCGGCUCCUAUGCGGAAGGAGUGCCUGGAUAACGAAGAAUAUAUAUAUAUCAUAUCUACUUUUAUCCUCUCCUGCCUCCCCCCGUCCCCUUUCACCACCUUAUUUGAAGCAGAUCAUCCUACACAUAUCAAAUAUGUUCCUGUCCUCACUUGUUUCUCAUGCACUCUAUUAGUUCCUACAAAGUCAUCUUUUUUGCCGAACCACUUUUAGUGGAUGCUACACACAAAGUUCUAGGGUCCUUUCUUUUCACAUUCCAUCGCGCUCAUCUUUCAAAAACCAAAUUAUUUGGAGAUGACAUUUAUAUAAUUUCCCUUGUUCACACUUGACAUCUCUGGUCUCUCUGAAACCACAGUCUUGUGGUGCCCCCAGUUCCUAAAAUAAAUCAAGCCAAAACCAAAGAGUUUCUCUCCAGCAUAGUGUGACAAUAUUUUAUCAUAGCUUAUCUUCACUGCACUUUUAUGAGGAAUAUAUAUAUAUAUAUAUAUAUAUAUAUAUAUAUAUAUAUAUAUAUAUAUAUAUAUAUAUAUAUAUAUAUAUAUAUAUAUAUAUUCCUCAUAAAAGUGCAGUGAAGAUAAGCUAUGAUAAAAUAUUGUCACACUAAUGCUUAUCCCAGACACACACAGUGGAAGAGUAACUAAAAGAACAGCAACGUUACGGACUUGAAUUAUGGGAUUAUGCUCAGACAGACACAAAAAUCAGGCCUAAUGUUUUAAACUGCAAUAUAAGAAAAGUACAACUGAAAUGAAUCAAAUCAACCAUAAAUUUAGUAGGAAACAAGCAAGUGUUCCCAGUUGUUUAUAUUUUAUUUAUUUAAUUCAAUUUUUUUUACCUCUACUAUUACAACUUUUAUAUAUUGGGGAGUCCCAAUGCAGAUAUCAGAUUAAUUUUGCAAUUUUUUUUUUUUAUUUUAUUUUUUUUUUUUAUACAUCUCUAGAGCUUCAAUUUGUAGAUAUGAAAUAUUCUAGAGAACAUCAUUGAUAUCAUUUAUAUAAUGCUAUAGCAACCUAUUUUAAAUACCUUAUUUUUUUCAGCUUGACAAAAGUGGCAUGAGCCAUAGAAAGCGAUUUCGGCUUGCGCAGAAGCCUGUUGGUCCACAUUAUAAUUGUACAUAUUUAUACAUAUUCAUACAGGUGUCAUUGCAGAGCAAAUCCAACAAUCUUCGUGGCGAUGGGCUCGUUUGGCCACUUGUCAAGGGAUUUUUUAUUUAUAUAAUAAAACUUGAUUUUUAACUGAAGCACUUGACAUGUUCACAAUACCUGGUGAGCAGUACUGUAGAUAAGCCAUUCCAACCUUUUUAAACCAAAAUCCUGUUCACAUUUCCAUUAUUGUUGUUAGCCAUAAGAAAUCCAUGUUUGUCAAGUUACAUUCAUUUGUCUGUUUGUUUAAGUAUAACAAUAACUAAAAAGUCUAUAAAAUACUUAUGUAACCUGAGCUGACGGGUCAAUACACCCCCACCCCAGCCGCACUCUCGUCCCCGUCCCCAGUAACCCCACCACUUCGACAAGGUACUAGAUUACACGUCAACACAGGUUUAAGAACCGAUAGCCAGUAUUGUCUAACUUAUAAUGCUUGCCAAUGUACUACAAUACAUCAAUAUGUACCCUGCGUUGGUACAAACCUGACUGACUGGAACUGUCGUACCCCCCCUCACCCCCCCCUUAUUAUCUUCUGUACCCCUUCCCUUGAUUACCGAUACAAACACAAAACCGAUAAAUAAAGAAUGAUAAAAAAAAAUACUUAUGUAACCAUCUACCAUAACUUUGCGUAUGGUGGAUUCUGUAGCAUACUAUUUCUCCGUUAGUGGUAGGGUGGAAGAAAGAGUUGAAAGUAGGAAAGAGAGAGUAGAGAGGGUUUCUCAUCAGGUUAGGGGGCGCCGGUUACCAAGCGUUUGGUGUUACGCUGUCUCUCGUGACAGAGGCCUUGUUAGUAACCUAUUUUAAAGGCCGGUACAAUGAGUGUAAUUUUUUUUUAUUUUUAUUUUUUACCAUUUAUAGAUUGAGUUUGUAACUGGCACUAAGAAGGGUACAACCACAAGUGCACCUACUGGAACCACCAGCACCACUACAACUGCCACUGCUGGUAAGAUUAUUCAUCUUGGGUUGUUGUGGUUAUGGGGCAUAGAUCAAGGAAAGUUAUUGGUUAAACCGAUCCGCUAAUAACCAGUUUCAUUUUAUUUUUCAUUCCAUCCAGAUGCACAGAAAAGAAAGAGCAAGUGGGACUCUGCUAUUCCAAUAACCACCAUUUCGCAGCCCACAAUCCUUACCACCACUGCUACACUGCCAUCUGUCGUUACAGUAACCACCAGUGCUAGUGGCUCAAAAACUACAGUCAUCUCUGCUGUGGGUACAAUUGUGAAAAAGGCCAAGCAGUAAAAGAGAAGGUGGCCGACCGACUGAACAUUUGACAAUAAAAAUGACUCUGUACAGCCUGGAACUCUUAUUCUAUACAUGUGUUGAGGAGAUGCCAGGACUAUCGAUGAGCGCUUUAUUACAAUUUAUGAUCGGACAAUGAUCAAAGGGAAACUGAUCCCCCUAUCCUGUUUUUGGAUGCUGGAAUUGUUUUCUGGACAUUUCAUAGUGGGUUGGAAGUCUUUUGAUGGUUUAUAAACAGCGGGUUUCCUGUCUACAAAUUUUAUUUCUUUUAAUUCUUCAUUAAAUUAAUUUUUUUGUAUAUUCAUGGCUUCCAGCUCCUGAAGUUCAACAUCAUAUCUUGCAAUGUACGAUACAACUCAGGAUAAGCAUAGGAAAAAAGUAAAAAAAAAAAAAAAAAUAUCCUCUCUGCUUUCUGUUGUCCUUAAACUGAGGCGGUCUGUUUAUUUUAUCUUUUCUUUUAUAACAGGGUGCUUUAUUACACAUGAACAAAAAAAAAAAUCAUCAUCAUCCGGUAGAAUUAGACUAUAUCACUAUUGGCUAAUAAGGAAAUUACAAAUAGAUGUCAAGAUGCUGGCUUUAUUUUAAGAGUUGAAGUAAUUAAAAGGUAUGCCCUUCAUGAGCUGUUGGUGAGUUGCAGAGAUCGUGAAGGAAGUUGCUGAUUUGAAAUAAAUGUUUGUUCCAUGAGCUGGGCAAGAAGAAGAGGUGUGUGUGUGGUAAUGGGAAGGGAUAACAUAAUGGAGAGAAACUCUUUGGUUUUGGCUUGAUUUAUUUUAGGAACUGGGGGCACCACAAGACUGUGGUUUCAGAGAGACCAGAGAUGUCAAGUGUGAACAAGGGAAAUUAUAUAAAUGUCAUCUCCAAAUAAUUUGGUUUUUGAAAGAUGAGCGCGAUGGAAUGUGAAAAGAAAGGACCCUAGAACUUUGUGUGUAGCAUCCACUAAAAGUGGUUCGGCAAAAAAGAUGACUUUGUAGGAACUAAUAGAGUGCAUGAGAAACAAGUGAGGACAGGAACAUAUUUGAUAUGUGUAGGAUGAUCUGCUUCAAAUAAGGUGGUGAAAGGGGACGGGGGGAGGCAGGAGAGGAUAAAAGUAGAUAUCUGAUUAUGAACUCUGAAUUUGGAAAAUUAGGUAAAAGAGAGUGUUGGGUUGGAUGUUAGAUUUGAGAGAUCUUGCAAAUUAUGUGUUUUUUUUGUUUUUUUUGUUUUUUUUUUAAGAUGUUGAUACCUGCACCAUUGAGUAAAGUUAGUCACCAAAGAAAAAACACAAAUUUUGACAGGGAUCUGAGAUGAAAGGAAUGUAGGAAGAUCCAAAUUAUCCAAAUUAUGUAUUAUUCCUAUUUGGAGGCACAGGAGAAGUGCAUGUUUUGCACUGCUGCAAAAGCUAUAAAACGUCCCUAUAUGUGCUUUUCAUUUGGGGGCUGCUAUUUUGAAUUCUGACGUCUACUAAUGUAAACUUUGAAUACUACUGCCAUGUGCAUUUUACACAUUCAGUGGUAUUAUUGUGAAGUAUAAAAAUAUUAUGUGCAAUUGACCAUCUUGAACUUACAAUGUAGUUAUUGAUUUAUAAAUAUUCAGUAUUAUGUUAUUUUUGUGCAAAUUAUGAUCUACAUUCUACACCAGGGGGUCCAAACCCAGUCCUCAAGUACCCCCUACCAGUCCCGGAUUAAGGGAUUACCCUGUUGUGUCUAAAGGUUUUUUUGGGUUUUUUUUUUCCACAAACACCUUAGACACAAUUAAGUAAUCCUUAAAUCCUGGACUGUUAGUGGGUACUUGAGGACUGGAUUGGGAACCACUGUUCUACACCAAUAAUACUCUGUGGCUUUCUUAUCUUACCAAAGUUUGUGUUCUUUGGGUCCCUCUUUAAUAUCCUUUUUUUUUUAUCUGUAGGGCAAUGUUACAUAAUACUACAAUGUAAUUUUGUAGUGAUUUGUCACUUGUAUGCUCACUAUCCUGCUACCAUGCUCUCUUUUAAUGAUAGUUUAUAUAGACAUUACCACUAUAUAUUGCUUUGAACUAUAUUACCAGCUUGAUAGGGGGUAGAGCACCCCAUAUCCUGGCACAGAUUGUAUUACCCACUCUUUUGAUGUCCCACCCUCCAAAUUUAAGUUUUAAAUUAAAGACAAUCCAUGCUUUGGUUGUGAGGGCACCCAUCUGUAACUUUUUAUUUAUUUUUAUUUUGUUUAAUGCAACCUGCACCACGUCAUUUAUUUUGGUCUCACAGACUUUUUUUUUUUAUUGGUUUACUUAAUUGGGCUUAACUGGAAUACUGGGCACCACUUGGCCAAUAUUUAUAUAAACAUUAUAACCUGUAGUGGUUAUUGUUCUUAGAGUGCCCCUUUAAUAAAGUCUAUACAUUAUAAUUUUAUUACGUUUAUUUAAAACCUUUUGGUCAAUGUUUAAGAUCAUUUCAGCCCAUCUAUCAUAGAUAACUUAAUUCCUGAAGCAUUCUUGGCUUAAAAAGAUAAAUCCUAUCUGAACCAUGAAUUUUAUAGCAUAUUUGCAAUAAUUUAGACAACUGUACCCUUAUCCCUCCUCACUCUUAUCCCCCCCCCAUCCCCCCCAGUUUGUGCUUGCUUGUUAAUCUGCCGCAAAGUUAUCCCAUGUCUGUCUGUAAUGAGUAUGUUGCACCGGUCAAUAUAAAUUUAAAUUCUAUAGUCCAGAAGAACAUCACAGGCCAAUGUCUUUCUCUGGAAACCUGAACCUGCCAAGUAAAUAUCCACUGUGCAGAAAAAGUGUCUCUGCUGCAUAUGAUAAUAUACUCACAAGGUACAAAGUGAUAUUAAUUAAACAAAUAAAGUGCAAAUUCAGUGGUGUGAAAAGGUACGUUACCUUAAGUAUCAGCAUAAACGUCAGGAAAUAAAAUAGUGUUGACUGUUAUCAUCUAUCAAUGGCAGCAUUACAAAUGUGUAAUAACUCUGUAACUAAAAAAGGAAGGGACCAGAUGAAGAAAAAUAAAACCGAAAAAACUGCAGACAAAUCUAAUUUAAGGAAGAACACAGAUGAAAAUUUCUCUGCCAAACAACUGAGAAGAGGCAAUACGAACUUCGAUCUGAUAAUACCUGAUAAAUGUAUUGGCAGAAUCCCAAAUAUGUGCAGAUACCAUCUUCCAAAAGACACACAUCAGCUGCACAUGAUGAAGAGCCCUGGUGGAAUGAGCUUUCAGUUUAAAAGCUACUGAAUCCUUCUUGGCCUGGUAGGUACGGAGUAUAGCCUCCACAAUCCAUCUGCUGAUAGUAGAGGUGGUAGUAGAUUGUCCAUUACAAAAUCUUCCAGGAGAGACAAACGAUUUAAAACACCACCUCCAUUUAACCUUCCAUUGAUUUUCAGUAAACGGAUAUCUGGCCAAUUCAAGUGACGAUCAACAUUCUACCUCCUUAGAGGACAGAGCCAUAAAGAAACUGGGGAGAACAAUCUCUUCUUUCAAAUCAAUCUGACGUGGCCUUCUGAUGGAACUGAGUCAGAACAUAAGACCACACGAUCAGCAUGAAAACACAUACAAGAUUCCUCGUUAGAUAAAGUUGCUCAUUCAGACACACCUCUGGCUGAGGUUAAGGCAACAAGUAGCAGAGUCUUCAAAGUCAAAAGAUGUAGUGACAAGUCUUCCAAAGGCUUAAAGGGGCUGGAGGUCUGAAUCUGCAGAACUAGUGCAAGAUUCCAUGGAGGAGAGAAGGAAUAAACUGGUGAUAUAAUUUGAAACCCUGCCCUAGAGAAAUUGAAUAUCCUUGGCUCCUGGAUUCAAUGCGUACUUGUCAGAGCAGAGGGGGUUGACACCUUAAGUCUCAAUCUGCUAAAGCGGGAGAAAUUUAAAAACCUACUUCGGAGAGGACAUUAAGCAAGGAAUCUGUACUCCACACAAACCUUCCAAAUUGGUAAUAGAAUCUUUAUGAACCUUAAAAGGCCCAAUACGGUUAAAGAGCUCUGCUUAAAUGCCAAGCUGUUAAUCUGAACUGGUAAGGGUCUGGGUGGAGAAUUAGACCAUAAAAGAGGGGGGGCGUGGCUUGGACGUCGGCCGGGAUGGCAGCUUGAACUGAACGCUCCGCUCCACCGGCACCCAGAAAGCCCUAUUAAUUUGCUUUAAUUAGCUCUGAUGGGACGGAACCGACGCGGGGAACCGACUGGAACCCCCAGGGGUUCUCAAUCGAACCAGCAAGGUCCAAUGGAUGGAUUCCUGCACAGCCCCGCAGACACACGCGGUGAGGCCUCGGGAUCCAAGAUGGCGCCCAAUCCCUCCACACCCGCAGCUGCCGAAACCCCCCAGGCUUCUACUUUGGAUGGCAUCGGAGAUGAACUCCGCACCAUAGCAGCCUCCAUGGCCACGAAAGCUGACCUCCUAGUACUCACAACAACCAUACAAGACGCCCUCCGGGCCGAAAUGGCUGGAAUCCGGUCGGAGGUUACUGCGCAGGGGCUCCGAGUACAGGAACUGGAACGCUCCCACGAGACCCACAGCACCAGGUUAGCAUCCACUGACACGGCACUAGCCAGGCAAGGGGAUAUGCUCCUGCAGCUCAGACGCAAUGUAGAAGAUCUGGAUAACCGGGGGCGCCGCUGCAACAUUAGAGUGCGCGGCAUACCGGAGGUGGAGGGCGAGGAGGACAUUGAAAGCACACUAACGGCCCUCUUCCACCUUAUUUUGUCCGAUGAUAACCCGCUGGACAUUCGAUACGACAGGGCGCACAGAGCACUGAGGCCACGCUCGCUGGAGGACGGCCCCCGAGAUAUCAUCUGCUGCCUGCAUUCCUUUAGUACAAAGAAUAACAUAAUGAAGGCAGCGAGAGACCGACCCACAUGGGAGUUCCGAGGGGCACACAUAACACUAUUUAAUGACCUGUCACCGGUAACCUUGGAAGCCAGGAGGGCCCUGAGACCCAUUACCUCGCUCCUCAGGGAACACAAGAUACAGUACAAAUGGGGCUUCCCAUUUGCCCUCUCCGCACGUCACCAGAACGGCUGGGCCUCGAUCCGCUGGCCAGAGGAAGUCCCCAGAUUUCUGGAGGACAUGGGACUGCCACCGGUACCGGUCCAAGACUGGAUCCUGGGACCGCUAGAUGCAGGUCAGAGACCCCAACGGGCACCCCGUCGCCGCAGAGGAAGAUCACCGCAGGGACCCCAGCCUCACCGCCGGGACAUGUAAAUAUAGCAACCGUCGCUCUGAGGUGUCAACCCGCCAGGAAGGAUCUGCCUCCCCCCCCCUCGGACGACACCAUGACAUUGGCCCGGCAACACUAAUACUCUUGGGCUCACUAGACUUUCUGACAUCUGGCCGUUUACACCACCCUUAACUAUCAUGACCACAAAUGUUAGGAGACUACCGCAUGGAUCCCGAGAGGGUCACGCUCCUAUCUGCACCAUGGGCCCAUUUUCUCCAGGUAUGAAUACUGGCCCGACACACCCGCACCGGACAUCAUACACUAGCUGACGGUGUCCCCCCGACACAGUCCCUCCCUCCCUGGCGGAACGUUAUGCCUCAACACCGAUUCACCUACCACUUGAGCUACUACCCCCCCCCUCCCCCUCCGGUGACGCUGCGGGGAAACCCUGGCCAAUUCAUUGGGUGGUGGGAACUUGGGGGGGUGAGGGAUUUAAGUAUAUGACCUUGGGUGUCCUCCCACCUCUACUGCAACCCUUGUGGACAACGCACACUGUAACUUGAACGGACUUGAUCGGGUCACCUCGCUGGAACAUUGGAUACCGGGACUCUCACCAACCUGAUAAGUAACCUCCAUUGAUAUAUGACGUCAUGAUCACCUGAUAGGUUGUUAGCACAAUAUAUUAUACAUACGCAUUUGCUUGUUAUGUUGUGGGACAUCCUGGGACGGUAAAUAGGGAGCUUGUGGGACUGCAGUGGUGAUGGUGCAAGGGGUGGGUGGGUUGUCAGAGGCACGGAACAUGAUCGGGACAGACGUGAGAAUAGGGAUGGGGACUAGAGACGACACUUCCCCUGACACAAUCAGCCACGACCUGUAUGUUACUUAAAUGAACACCCCCACAAAAAAGGGGGAGGAAGGCGAGGAAAGAUUGUUCGCACUCACAGUUACCAUAGGGAGGUUCCCAUAACCGAGAGAUCCAUGGGAUGCAGACAGAGACCCACCCAUGUCCAGACCGGGCCAUAUUGAGCUGACAAGGGGCGUGGAGACCAAUAAUAUAAUGUAUUGACUGGGCAUACCUAGACCUUUACUUUAGCUUUAUGAUCCCUAACGGUCAACAUCAGGGUAUGUACGCUCCAUGGGGGCGACGCCAGGAUAUGAGGUGGAUCCACCUUUGGGGGACACACGAAGGGAUAGCGAAAAUUGCUUUAAAAAAAAAAAAAAAAAAAAAUGUGUUUACUGUUAUUAAUGUUUAGGAAUUAGCCCAUGGUUUGUUAUUUGGCUGUUUUCCAAACUGUUUGCUGCUUCACUUAUUUACGUCCCACCUGACCAUACACACUUGGGCUGGGACCCGGUUGGAGCGGGACACUUCCUUAUACUGUCCCUCUCCUGGCUUAGACUACGACCACGACUCUACACAUUCACUUGCAUGACUUUCUCGGCGGAGCCACAGGCCUGUCCACAUACCGAUCUGAAGAUCGGGGCAGUUUCUGGUCACUCCGACUGAGACGCAGGUGAACCUCCCUCGGAGGAGAAUUCGGGGUGAUCACCUCCCUCACCCCGCUGGGAACAACCCCAAGGGGGUGGCCCUUACGACCCACACCCCAUUUUAACUUUAACUUAACGCACCAUUUGCAACUUCAGCUAUCUACCCUAACCCCACUCACGAACACACACAUACACCGAACCACACGCACACUCCCUCCGACAACCGCGGUACACGUUCAGGCUUGACGCAGAUUUGGUGAGGCGACACCCACGUAGAUAACCGAUCACAGUCAGAACUGACAGGACACCCCGAUAUAUAUAUAUAUACGUACGCAACCCUACAUAAUCACCGCUUGAAUUAUUCGGGAGAACACCCCUGAUAGAGAGUUGACCCAUAGGGCCUACACGGUAGGUCUGACCCACAUCUCCACACGGGCGCACCCCUCGCUGCCUCGCGCGAAUAGUUGCGACCCAUGGCAUACGAUCGCGCCCCUCUGUCCGUCAUAACCCUUAACUGCAGAGGCUUAAAUUAUCCGGAACGCCGCUCACACUUACUAAGGGGCCUCCACAACAGACACAUAAAAAUAGCAAUGCUUCAAGAGACUCAUUUUAAAGAAGGGGCUGCCCCCAAACUCAGAAACGCUCGCUUCCCGCUGAGUUAUUGCAAUAACCACCCGACCGCCCGUCGAGCGGGAGUAGCUAUUUUGAUUGCUGCAGACCUUGGUUUCCGCGAAAUAGACUAACCGAUGAUCAAGGCCGCUUUCUCUUUCUAAAAGGAUUAAUAGCGGACAGGAUAUAUACCCUAGUGACUGUGUACGUCCCCAAUUCGAACCAAGCACAAUUCCUACGAGGAAUGGUGAAUAAACUAAAGGGAUUUUCGGAGGGAGCUCUGAUCGUUGGAGGAGACUUCAACGCCCCACUGGACCCCCUCUUAGACUCCUCCACGGGCCACAGCUGCAUCUCACAACCCCGCAUUAGAUCUAUUCGCAAAGCAUUGGGGGAACUGUCGCUGGUGGACUGCUGGAGGGCACUUCACCCAACGGACAAGGACUUCACACAUUACUCGGUAUUACACAACCGUUACUCUCGAAUAGACUAUGUGUUCAUUAAGCAAGGAGGAUUAUCCCGCCUACGAACGGCGACCAUUGAACCUUCCACUUGGUCUGAUCACGGACCAGUUCGAAUUGAGCUGGAGUCCCCACUAUUUAAGCCAACAACAUGGUCAUGGCGAUUGAACGAAUCCCUGCUCCAAGACCCAACAGUGAAAGAAGAGAUCUCUCAGGCAAUGGAAACAUACUUUGCGGAAAACAAUACGGAAGGGAUGACACCAAUAACGAUAUGGGAAGCGCACAAGAGUGUACUGCGCGGCAUUAUUAUUAACCUCGCAACCCGCAAAAGAAAAGAAGCAACUCGCGCGAUGGCGGACCUAUAUGACACCAUCAAAAAGCUGGAACUUCAACACAAAAGGUCGCAACUGAAUGAAACAUACAGUGCAUUGAUGGAAGCUAGACGUAACCUGACGGCCCUCAUCGCGAAAAGGUAUCAUCGUUCGCUCCAACGCUCAAAAAACUUCUUUUACACACAUGCCAACAAAGGCGGGAAAUUCCUCGCUCGCCUCUUGAAAGGGGAUACACCACGCACGCAAGUGCAAAAACUACACCUAUCUUCGGGUAAAGUAUCCCUACACCCAGAAGAAAUAGCGGAGGAAUUUCGAACUUACUAUCGCUCCCUAUACAACCUUCCUCACCCAGAGGCCCUGAUACGAGAGAGGGAUGUAUCACCUAACAUUCGAAUGUAUCUCCAGGAUACCAUAAGGAAUCAUAUAGACCCGGCAGCAGCAUCUGUACUCGACGAACCGAUUGCCACGGAAGAUUUAGCAGCGGCUUUAAAAAACACGAAGACAGGACGCGCCCCAGGACCGGACGGAUUCUCCACGGGAUACUAUAAAAUGUUCGCCACGACAUUGCUACCAUGGUUGACAAAGGCCGUUAACGCAGUGUCGGACGGAGGACACUUUAGUGGGGAAUCCCUGACAGCAACCAUAACAGUCUUGCUCAAACCCGGGAAAGACCCAGAACAAUGCUGCAGCUAUCGCCCGAUCUCUCUGCUGAAUGUGGACACGAAGCUACUAACAAAGGUGUUGGCGACCAGACUCCAACGGAUCUUACCGACCCUUGUUCAUGCUGACCAAACGGGAUUUGUCCCAGGCAGGGAGGCCCGGGACAGUACACUUCGCCUAUUUUCAAUACAACACCAUGCACGGAAAUAUCAGAAACGCCUUCUGUUGUUGUCCACAGAUGCAGAGAAAGCAUUCGACCGGGUCAACUGGAAAUACAUGUUCCGAACACUACGGUGGAUGGGCUUCGGGCAGAGAGUUAUGGCUUGGAUUACAGCUCUGUAUAGCACACCGAAAGCAGCAGUCCGCGUUAAUGGGGGGCUUACUACAAGCUUUGGAAUUGCAAAUGGGACCAGACAGGGAUGUCCCCUGUCCCCACUCCUAUUUGCACUCUCCCUAGAGCCGCUCCUACAAGCUAUACGAGACAACCACGACAUCCGGGGCUACCUGUGGCAAGAUGAAGAACACAAGGUGGCCGCGUAUGCGGAUGAUCUUCUAUUUUUUGUUUCCCAGCCCCGAACCACACUGCCAUGUUUACUAUCCGAGAUAGACAGGUUUGGUCGACUAUCAGGGUUUAAACUCAACUUGGCGAAAUGUGAAACAUUGAACGUCACCAUACCCUCGGAGGAAUAUAACACCCUUAGCCUAAUUUUUCCGUUUCGUUGGUGUACAGGGGCUAUGAAAUAUCUCGGCAUCUGGAUCCCCACGAAUCCCCAAGACAUCUACCAACGUAACUUCGAGACAUUAUUACGAACCAUUGAAACAGACUUGGCACGGUGGUCCUACCCACACAUCACCUGGCACGGCCGUAUUGCGGUCCUUAAAAUGAAUAUCCUCCCUAGGGUCCUCUACCUGUUUCAGACCAUACCAACAGCCUUACCGACCUCAUUCUUUUCGACACUGAAAUCAGCAGUCAUAAAAUAUGUCUGGAGGGGGGACCGCUCCAGGCUGCGACACGACAUACUCUGUAUGCCUCGACAUAAGGGUGGUCUGGCUUUACCAGAUUUUAGGAAAUACCAUCAAGCGGCGACAUUACAACGAAUCCUUGAGUGGCAUGAACUGGACACUACCAAACAAUGGGUUGCACUGGACCGAGAGGGAGAAGCGGCAAAAUUAAAAGCGAUGGUAUGGAUGCGACGAACAACCAGAGGCAGUAGAAGGAACGAGGAAGGACCCGUAGCACAGACGCUACUUUCCUGGGAAAACGUUAGGGAGCUGCCACAAGUUUCCCCAUCCCCCUGCCCCCUACUUCCGAUCCCGCACAAUCCCAAUAUCGGGGGCGGAACGCCAACUGAAGCCUGGACAUUCCUAGGCGACACAGACUAUAUACCGAUAUGCAAGGUCACACAGGACGGCAACCUGAAGACUUUAGACGCGCUUCUGGAGGCGCGACCACGAUCUCCAAUGGCGACCUUUAGGUACAUGCAACUACAACACUACUACAACUCCCUCCCACACCGGGAAAAAUUACAUAGAGACCUGACGUGGUUUGAAGCCCUAUGUCACCGAGGCGCAUCACUUGGAAAAGCCAUCUCGCUCCUUUACCAACACUUACUCAUCAACCCGAACUCCGAAAAUGACACUUUCAAACACCGCUGGGAACGAGCCAUGGACACAACAUUUACUACCGCGCAAUGGGACAAAGCCUUGAUUUGGCAACAUAAGAGCUCCUCCAGCUCCCGAUAUCAGGAGGUGAACUAUAAGAUACUUUCCAUGUGGUAUAGAACCCCAGUACUGCUCCACCAAAUAUUCCCCGAUGCCACUCCAACGUGCUGGAGAUGCCAGGACGAGAGGGGGACUCUCCUACACAUAUGGUGGGAGUGCUCACAUAUCGUCCCAUUCUGGGACCAAAUCAAAACCGACAUACAACAGAUUCUGGGGAAUGACGUGGCUUGGUCAAAGGAAUUAAUUUUGUUACACAUUUCACAGCACUCACUAUCCACAUAUAAAAAAUCCAUCUUACGUCAUCUACUGAACGCUGCAAAAGCACUCAUACCUGUAUACUGGAAGAAAUUAGACAUCCCCACUCGGGAGGAAUGGAUCCACAGAGUGGAAGAUAUCAGAGCAGCCGAAGCCCUGCAGGCUGAACAGACGGGCAGGGGGGUGAGAUGCGCGGAGCUUUGGGCUCCGUGGUUCACAUUCCGCGCGCAGCGAUAGGGGGGUGCUGGUGGGGAACCGGGGCUGACCGGAAACACGGGCCCCGUGGCCUGCUUUCACACAAGACGCAUCCAACAUUGUUCCCUUGUGGGUAACAAGCACUGACGACAUGUCCCAUGUCCCCUCCAUACGAACAGGGAAGAUGAAGGGACACAAUUCGACAAGACAAACAGACGACCCCACAGAUGCGCAUGAGACAUAUUCACGAACAGGAAUGACUCCCACGACUAAAUGGGAUACCACUGCUUGUACCUAUAAAGGGGGAAAGAGGAACACCAUGCUUACACAUUGGUCCCUAGGAUCGUAUGUCAUACCACCCCCGCAGUGGUAAACCGGUACCUAGUCUAUGAACGUGUACGGCGGCAGGAGGAUUCCACACCCCCCUCCCCACACAUGCUCCCACACGCGUUACUCCCUUACCCCCCUCCCGAACUUCUCAUACCCACCCACCCCACCCACAUAGGGCAUCCAGGCCCUCACAACUAAAAAUCCCCCAACCCCUUCCCCCCGCCCCCCCCCCAAGACUCCUAGUCUCUCGCAACACUGGUAUCACGCCACGACACACACCUGCUCACCUCAGGAAAUCACCAAAAACUCCUACAUACAUUCUUUCUUUACCAACAUUGACAAAUUUUACUAUAGUUGCGGCUCCAUGACUAUCAAUAGAUAAGACGACUUUACAUAUUAUCACAGAAUGUAAACUGAUAACGGAAUAAGAUAUAUAAGAAUAACGGAAUGAGAUAUUCUGCUAUGCAAAUAUGUUCAAAAUGUGUAUAAACACUGUUUCUAUGUUGUCACUAUUUUAUGCAAUUCUGUUGAGUUGGGCCUGCGUGCCCAUAAUAUGCUCCACUGUCUUGAUAAAACUCUAAAUAAACAGAUUAACAAAAAAAAAAAAAAAAAAAGAGAGAGCAUUGCGGAGUAAGCAAGAAACGCUUGUGGAUUCUCUGACAUCCUCUUUAGUGGAGAAAACCAAAUCUGACUGGUUCAGGUAAUAUAAUGGCAAUCAGUUCUGCCUUUUUUUUUUUUUCUUAGAUACUUAUUGAGAAGUGCAUAAUCAAAAGUAAUAUAUGCCCAAGACAAAAGGAGCACGCUUUCCCCAGGGCUUUGGUGUCAUUGCUCCCUGAAAAGAAAUGAGGAAACUGGCAGAUUUCUUGGAGUCCACUUCUGAACAAACUGAUUUGGCACAGACAGAAGAUAAUCAUCAGAUCAAGCACCCAUUCUAAAUUGACUAAAUUAACUUUGCCAGAAUGGUCAGCUACAUAACUCUUCUUGUCUGAGAGAUAAAUUGAGAGAAAUUGAGGAUAGCCUCUGAGUGGUCUCUUGAACUAUGAUAGGCUGUGUAUACAUUGAAUUACGGUUGUACAUAUGUAGAUGAACUCCAUAGCCUAUGAGCAGAUACUGAAAAUUAAUGAGAGUCAGACGCAUUGCUCUGAGCUCCAGAAUGUUGAAGCAAACCUGGCCUACAGGUCAAAAGUAAAUACAAUGGACAACAUGCUGGCCAAAAUGAGCUCCCUAGCCGAGACCACUUGCAUCUGUCCUACCAUAUGACCAGUGGAUAUCUGAUAGAGAAGGAUUCAGCCACCAAUUGAAAGCAAGAUUGACUGACUUGUUUUCAGAAGAAAAUCUUCUGAUACAACUCCUUUUUACACUUGUGGAACUGUGUGAUAAAAAUACCCAUAAGGAAAUCUGGAGAUACCAAUGAGCUAGGGAUGUGCAUGGGCCAAAAAUUGGUUCAGUUUGGAAAUUUGGGUAAGUUUAAAAAAAAAAAAAAAGCGUGUCUGCUUCGGCAAUUCGAAACUUCAGUAAUUCGGACCCAAACCCUAAACCAUUACCCACUUCAGCAAUUCGGUUCAGUACGGCAAUAUAGACAUUCGCAGGCAUCUGAAUUUCCGAAUGUACAUUCGGAACAAAACAACUACACUGAGCCCAAUGUAGCAGUAUCGACAAGGACAUUGACUCCAAGAGGUUUAUGAACUCCCUGGCAGUAAUCUACUUCAUAUAGAUCACAGGGAGAACCUAGGCCUGAAGAUGGUUCUUCAGGUCAUCUUGAGAGCUGUACCUCCUCUCUCUAGGUGUCAAAAAAGACUCCUAAGACUGCCAUUUGUUGAGAAGGCUGAAGUUGGUCCUGAACUAACUUAAAAUUCAAAUAUCCUCUUCCUGAUGAAGUUCUAGAAGUAGAGCAGAUAGAAAGACAAUAACAAUAUUAGGAUAGUGAAAUAUAUUUAUUCCUGUUACAUGGAUGGCAGCAAAACAGAUACCAGGAUCUUGUAAAUAUUUCUCAAAGCAGUUCCCAAGCCAAAGAGCAUAACUCUAAUUGAAAGUGCAGGCACACCGUGACUUUUCUGAUUAGGAAGGAAGAUCUGAAUAUGACAUAUAAAACUUUUUCUCAAACAAGCCAAUGAUCUGAUUUGGUGGCAAAACCCUAGGCCGCCAAACUAUUGAUCCCAGGAAGAAUAGGUUCAGUAAAAGCUGUUUUGAUGUGCAGAAGCAGAGGUAGUAUCAUAUUUAACACAAGUGCUUCUUCUCCAAGUAUUUUUUUUUUUUUUUUUUAUCACAAGCUAUACAUCUAGCAAUCCUAUGCUUCCUUUUGCGAGUCCUGGUCUGAUGGACUGUAUAAGCAUCCAUGCACUCUUUGAACAGGAAAUUAAGUACUUAUCCAAGACUUGGCUUACCUUUCGUCGGGGGCCCUAGGCAGUCGACUAGCAUCACCUUACAGUUAAUUGUGCCCUGAAACUCCCUCAGAGACAGAGAACCCACCACUAGCAACAAGCAGAGUUCCUGGCAGCCAGGUACCCAGGUUGUAGUGGUUAUGGUGCUUGGAAUGUCUCAAAUCUCUCAGGUACGAAGUGGGUACCACUCGACAUCCCGCCAUGCUUCUUUCUUUUAAAUCUCAUUUUCUUCCAAAUUCUAGUUUCUUCACUCAUUUUUCUCUUAUCAACCUUUCUAUAUUUUAUCUUUUAGCGUGUAACAAUGUAUACUUGUUUAUUACUAUAUUACUAUAUCACAGAUAAUCCUUGGUAUUUGUUCUGUACUUUUUUCCUGACAUGAUAAAUUUCACAAUAAAAGCCAUAUUAAAGGAUUAAAAAAAAGCAGAAAUUCCCAGGAUAAAUCAAAUGCCUGCUAGUUAACCAUUUCCAAAGAUCACAAUGGCACUGUGUGUUUUCCAGCAGUUUAUCAGUGGGCGAGUUGGCUAAUUGGCUUUGCUCUAAUUUGCUAUCACAUUUUGUCUGUGAGAAUCAGUUCCUGAUGUAGGAGAUUCAGUCACUGUUGCUGGCAGAUGCCUUGAUACAGAAGUAAACAUAGCAAAACCCAGCCCUGUCAGAGGGAGCCCUGCAGGAUCACCCUGUACAGAGAGUCCCUUGACGCGUGUCAGGACUGCCCCUCCCUCAUUCCUCUGAAUCUAUCGCCUACGGCAGCGCAAGCCUAGACACAUAUUUUGUACUAACUCAUAAUUCUGUCCCACGAGAAUGGAGCUAGUGGCAGAGCUGCCAAUACUAACUUUUUCUUAUGUGUCUACCAGUCACCUUGUGCUCACUGAUAGGGUCAUUUAUCUAUUAAGUGUGGAGUGUCGGCAAUUAAAAUUUUCAGCUCUCCCACCAAACAUUAUUUACCAUUUGGCUAUUUUGACCUCAAACUUAAAAUUCACUUUGAAUUCCUGAAAUGACACAAUUCAUAGAAAAACCCUGUAUGGGAUAGACACCCUUGAUUAUUAUUAUUAUUUUAUUUACAUUUAUAUAGCGGCGACAGAUUCCGCAGCACUUUGCAAUAUCAUUGAGGAAGGGUGAGGGUAUUGUUGCUAAACUUAACAAAGUUGGCGCCACACAAACAUGUUCUUCAGUUUUGAGCUUAAUAACCAUAACUAGCACAGUCACAGAAGGAUGGGAGACUUGAAAAAAAAAUCUAUAUUAUCAAAAAAAUGGGUAAUUCUUGCAUUUUGAAGGGAUUGUGCAUGAAUGAAUUAAUUUUCAUGCAGAAGGUGAAAUCUUGCUACACUAAUAAAAAAUGAUCUAUCUCAAGAUAAAUAAUAGUGCUAUAAGCAUGAAUGAAUGUCCACAGCACAUCUAUUGCUUACUAGUAUACAUGAAUCCCAAACCCUCACCAUAAAGUGCUACGUGCUGCAAAAUACCAAAGGAACUUAUCUUUUAUCUUUGAAAAACACAUUUUUCCCCAGGGGAUAUCAGAUAUCGUCCCCUCUCAGAAGAGCCAAUAUACAAUGUGUAUGGGGAUACAGCUGUAAAAAUACAGAAGAAAUAAAAGUAUAGGUAAUAAAGUUAAAAACAAAAACCAUAAAUUGUGCUGUUUGAAAUGCACUCACAAGAUGAAAUGUUGAUACAGCGCCUCUACAUGCCUCUCCUCAAAUUCUUGGCUGGCUAUUCAAUGUCAUUCCCCAGACUGUCGCCUUCACUUUAGGAACAAUUGUGUCUGGACUCAAAAUAGAUAUCAAAUUAUUAAAUUUAUUAUACAAUUAUAGUAAAGUAUAAAAAAAUAAAGUGCAAGUGUCCAACGCGUUUCGUCCUCAUACUGGACUUCCUCAGAGAUCAAAUAUAGUGUAAAAAACAUAAAAUUACCAUCAAAUGCUGAUUGGGAACAUUUGCCUGGUGACCCCAGCUGAGUGACUCUAUGGAAGACAAAUGAUUAAGGCCUCACGGCCAAAACGUUGUAUUUUUGUUUUAUCUCCUGCACCAUAAUAUACUUUAUCCUGCACUGUGUAGUCUGUGCCUCUAUACUUCUGGACUUUAUGGAAGAAACCUUUGAUGACAGGACAGGGGCACUCCAGACAAAGCUAAAACCGUUACGAAGAAUAGUUUUCCACAUAAACUUGGAUUUUUCUGGGCACACAGCAGAUUCAAAAACGUUUCCUCUUUCUUCUAUGAUGGAAAGUUGGGUGGCACUCGACAAAUUGCGGAUUCUUAUUCUUUGAUGAAGAUGACAAAGUAACUUUUUCUUAUGUGUCUACCAGUCACUGAGUGUUUGAAAAUUGUAAUGCAGUUCAAAGAUAACCAUUUUUACAUUUUAAUAUUAAUUAAAAUUUGAAUUUUAAACUCAUUCAUGGAAAGUAAAUAUGAGUGAUAGUUUCACCUUUACACGGGUUUUUCUGGAUUAAGAUAGUCACCCCCCCCUUCCAUACUCCUUAAUUCGAAAUCAGAUUCCAUGAGAUGUCAUAAUUUUAUUAUAUGAUUAAAAAAAUAAAGACGGCAGGUAGUGUCAGUAACACACAAAAAUUGAAGAAAAAAACUGUAAUAUGAAGACCAGCACUGUCGGAUGAUACAAGACCAUAAAAACACAUCAAAUAAACUUUAAGAAAGAAACUAGGACAGAAAGACUUUAAUCUACUAUACCUGGGGUUAUCUUUCGAAGAUCCUGCUACACAUCAGCAUUCCACAAAGAUUUCUUCAACAGGAAAACUGAGAGUAUCCAGUAACCAAAAAACAAUAAGUAACAGACAUCUAUUUCUAAAUGUAAACAGCACUCAAUGCUCUGAAGAACAGUAUAAACAGCCCUCAUGAAAAUAACAGAUAAAGAAAAAAUAAAAAAAAUAAUUACAAACAUACUUUCCCUGCGCUAUAAAAGUUACGAGGGUCAUUAUAGACGUUACAGAGACCAGAUACAUUGUUAAAGGUAAUUGAAAGGAAAGGUACGGGGGUUUUUUGUUGGUUUUUUUCCCCCUUUUUUAUUUUUGUAAAUCAAAUUUGGUAUCUGGUUCAAAAGGUGUCACGAGCUAAAAAAAAUACCUCGGUUAAUAAACUUAAAAAUGUUUUUUUUUAAAUUGUGGUUUUAUUUAGCUUUUCAGAUAGAAAGGGGUACUAUUUUAUAAAAUUUAAAGAUUGUGCAUAUUUGUUCAAUUCUAAAUAAAGUGAUUUUUUUUUAAAAUGUAUAUUAUUGUAUAUUGUAUAUUAUUGCUUAUUAUUAAUUCAAAUUUACUACCACCAUAAAAUGGGGCCGCAUUAAUAAUAUCAUGAAAAGUAUAGCUAAAAUAAAAUGAUUAAUCGUGUGGAAUUACAUACAAAGUUACUAUUUCAAUGGCGUCUCAUCAUGCAGAGAUUGUCCAAAACAUUUACCACAUCUUAGCUAGUAUGCUUUAGGUGUCAUGGACACAAAGGUGCCAUAUCACUUGUGGUGGUCGUAUUCAAGAAUUGCCCCACUAUGGUCUCAGAUACAUGCUCUUUUGUAGACAGUAAAACAUGUCCCAUUCUCCCAACAAGUAUUUCAAUGUAAGUCUAUUUGAACUAACCCAAGAGCCAGUUAGAUAUCCACUGAAGGGUGUUUGUAUGUCAUGUAUCCACAGCAGCUAUUAAAGCCCUAGGAAAAGAAUAUUUAUUGGACCCUGUAUGCCAGAAAUUAUUUCACUUUUUAGCUUUUAAUGGACCAUAAUAGCCAUGUCGACCACUACCAUUUUUGGAAGCGGGCCUAUAAAUCUAUAAAUCUAAAAAAAAAAAUUUAAAAGAGGGGGGAUCUUGUUGGAACAUAUAUUGUGCCUCUCUAGCAGCACAAGUAAAUUAAACAUUAUAUUUUGUCCUAAUUUUGACUGCAAUGAUUGGCUGAGAACCCUAGUGUAGGCUUCGCUUGCCACUCUCAGUUGAGAUAAGGUGUUUAGGAUUUAAGUCAUAGCACCAUGAACACAUCAUUUUGAUAGACAUAUGGAGACAGACACAUUUAGGCUCCAUCAGAUAUGCUGUCUGUUUCAACUAAUACCACACAGAAUGAACAUUUUAUAUGUUUUUCAUCAUCCAAGUCUGCAUUCCCCAGACAUGUGAGACGAUCAUUCAUCUAAUCAUUUGGUCAGACCAGGCAGAUGUCUUCAUGCUACUCCCUAUGUUAAAAUAUAAGAUUCACAAAAUACCAAAAGGAAUGAGUUUAUUUCCAAAAUCCUCAUAUACUGCUGGAGCCAAGAAUUCCACUGUAAACUAUUCUAGGAUAAAUAAACACCCAGGUAGCGAUCCAAAAACGUUUUAGGUGCACACAAAGUAGUGAUAACAGAAAAACAAAAAAAUUGUGUCCUCGUGAGUAACGGCAUCAUGAAGGAAUGUGCCAGUAGGCAGCUACCUAUGUUAGGGGCUCAUGACCUAAACUUUGUACAUAUAUUUUGAUAUAGUUUUUCAUUUACCUAUGUGCUGAUAGCAUUUUUUUUAAUUUGUGGGCAUGCUUAACUGCCUGGGUGGGGUAACCCUCCUACACAUAGAGAAUAGGGAUACAGUAGCUAGAAUUAAGAGAUACAAAGAGUGAGAUAUGUAUACCGGACUUUAAAGUGGCCAAGCUUUACAGGUGCACUAGAAAUUAUAUAAUACAGAGUCAGUAUAUAAGCCAAGGUCAAGGAUUCCAGAGGUAUUCAAAACACGAUUAAACAAGCUGGGGUCAAGAAUACAGAAUAACAGGAUGGUCACUGCAAAGCCAGGUAAGUAACAAGAAACACCAAGUCAUCAGUACGCACUCUCGGCCAACAAUAAACCACGACAGGGCAAUGAUCCUAAGAAAGAGGGAAGUAUUCAUUGGUACAACCCCAAUACUAUUGAAAGCAUCAUCACCCUGCACCAAAUCUCAUAAAGAGGUGUGUCCCACAGAUAUGACCUUAAAAAUUUUAUUAGAAAUUGACUUAGAAUUACAGGGUCGUAUAACUUUAAGGACUCCUGAAGGUGUUGCGAGGUUUUCAUGGUGAUCCAGCAACCUAGCAAGAUUAACAAAGUGCUGAGCACGCGGAACAGUCGAACUUCGACUUGGGGUUGACCAAACGCUCAGCAUUUAUUUUGCCUGAACGUUAAUCUUUUUUUCUUCUAAGACCACUGGUCCUGUUACUUCCUGGUUGUUUAGCUCAGUGGAGAUUAACUCAAGAGACAGCAAUUGCUUAGAGCACUUGUUUUGCCAAGACUUCUCAUUGAGCUGCAUUGGGAAGUCUGUGAUUGGACAGCCACAGAAAAUCAGGACUCUGGAAGAAGGGGAGGACUUGUAGAGGCUUCAGACAAGAAAUCUACAGCUUUAAGAAGUUGUUUUAGAUAAAUCCCCAAUAAAAAAAAUAAUUACUGAACAGUAUUUUUUUUUUUUUUUAUUGUGGCCGUGGAAUGUCCCUUUUAAAGGAAAGCCAAGUCCCAGGUUUCUUUGACCCAUGGUCAGGAUUUUUUUUUUUCUUUUUGAAGCAAAGUUUUUCUGAUGCCUUGAGAUCAGAUUAGAUUAAGAAAAUAUAAAAGGAAUGGAAAAAAGUUACAUUUAUUUACUUCAACAAAUGUAUCCCAGAGGAGAUAUGAUCAAAUGUAAACAAAUAUACACAAGGCUGGUAUAAACCGCUUUCUAGUGACCUGUUCAGUAACAGGACUGGGCAAUUGAAUUCUUCCGAGUUCCAACCAUAUUCAUUCAGAAACAAGAUUGACAGCUGUUAUUUAAAGGAUCACUAUAGGGUCAGGAACACAAACAUGUAUUCCUGACCCUAUAGUUUUAAAACCACCAUCUAGCCCCCUUGGGCCCCUCAUGCCUUCAUAAAUAUAGUAAAAAUCUUACUGUAUAUAAGCCUGAAGCUGUAACUCUGCAUGCUGUUUGCCUCAGAAAACAAGCUGUCUACUGACAUCAUCAGAAGUAGUGGCCUGAUCCAAUCACAAUGCUUCCCCAUAGGAUUGGCUGAGACUGACAAAGAGGCAGAUCAGGGGCAGAGCCAGCAUGAUUCAAACACAGCCCUGGCCAAUCAGCAUCUCCUCAUAGAGAUACAUUGAAUCAAUGAAUCUCUAUGAGGAAAGUUCAGUGUCUGCAUGCAGAGGGAGGAGAUACUGAAUGUUUGGAUGCAUUUUAGGCAGCCAUGACCCAGGAAGGAUCCCUAGCAGCCAUCUGAGGAGUGGCCAGUGAAGUUAUCACUAGGCUGUAAUGUAAACCCUGAAUUUUCUCUGAAAAGACAGUGUUUACAGCAAAAAGCCUGAAGGCAAUGAUUCUACUCACCAGAACAAAUUCAAUAAGAUGUAUUUGUUCUGGUGACUAUAGUGUCCCUUUAAUAGCUGCAGGUGUGCUAAGUGGUACUUGAUGUAUUACUACCAUUACGUAUACUAGCUUUGCAUAAGGUGGUAUAGUUUAAAUAAAAAAGAUUUCCUGAACUGUCAAAAUUAAUCUGGCACUCUAGGUUCACCUACCAAUAUAAAAGCUCCCAAAGCACUACAUAUAUAAUAUAUCAAGUAUAUAAAAAGAUUUUUUUUUUUAGGAGCUGUUAUAGCAUACUUACCUGCAGCCCCUUGCUCCGGCAUCACCAUUCUUGGAGGCCUGUGGGUGCUACUGUUCUGUAACACUUACCCUCCUUACCGCUCCUAUCUGCUGUGAUUAGCCCUGCUUGGCAAUACUUCCAUUCUCCAUGUUGACACAAAAUGCUGGGUUACAUUGUCAGCACAUUGGAGUCAGUGCGCCCCAUACUUCCCCAGCAAAUGUCAGGAAUGCCUGUUUUUCGGGAGUAAGAUAGUAACAGAAAUAAAAAAAAACUGCCUGAGUGAGGAUUCUUUCCCCGCUACCUUCCUCGGUAUUAGACCCUGUGUGCCACUGGCAAAGAGUUCUAAUGCUGAAGAUUGAUUGACAUGUGGGGUGUCAACAAAAAAAAGCCCAUGACAAAUAAUGCUGUAAACAUUGUUAAACAUUUAUAUCCUAGUAAAUUUCAGAAAUGGAAAUCAAUAUGUUUGUUUGUUUUUUUAAGGCUUUUAGUAAAUAAUAAAAUGAUAUUUCCAUUUCUCAGGUAGAAUUUAAUCUGCGUCUGGUUUCUGACAUUACACAUAUUUUGAGUUAUACCGGACGCCUCUAAUCCCUCUGUAUGGGAGCCAUGGAUUUGACCCUGUCUGAUGGGAAGCUUGUUCAAUCCUAAGAGGGUUAUUGAAGUAACUGGAUCUAACCCUACACAAGGACAAGCGAUGAGGCCCUCAUUUGAAUCAUAAUUGAUCUUUUCUUUAUUGCAAUGCGUUGCCAGUGGCUUUGUGAGUAGCUGUGAAAAAAAGUGGAUGCCAAGAGAUUUCCUUUCAUGUCAACGAGCAAACGUUAGAGGGAAUUUAUUAACAUGAGAAAUAAUGACAAUUUAAGAUCUGAACCUGUUCAUAUGCAGUCAUGUAUGUAAAUCAAACUGUGUUACAUCUAACUUGUGUGUGUGUUUAUUUGGGUAUUUGCAUAUAAUUGGAACGAGAUUUUGGGUUGUGGUUUAUUUAUUUAACAUUAAAUUGCAGCAAACAGGAAUCCAAAUG